AUGUCCGGUGACGUUCACAACUUAUCAUUAACAAAAUACUGUUCCAAUGAGAUAAUCCUAGCCCAUGGCUGAGGAAUCUAAGUUAUUUCCUACUUACUUUAAUCAACUAAAUAUAUCUUUUAACAAUAACAUAACUAAAUUAACUAAUACAACAUAUUGGAAUAUAUGACACAAGGUUCCUGGCAGUGAGGAUAAGGUACCUGGCGGUUAGGACAAGGUUCCUGGUGGUGACGACAAGGUUCCUGGCGGUGAGGACAAGCUACCUGGCGGUGAGGACAAGGUUCCUGGCGGUGACGACAAGGUUCCUGGCGGUGAGGACAAGGUUCCUGGCGGCGAGGAGAAGAUAACUGGGGUGAGGACAAGGUUCCGGCCUGUGUGUACAAGGUUCCCGGCAGUGAGGAUAAGGUACUUGGCGGUGAGGACAAUGUUCCUGGCGGUGAGGACAAGGAUCCAGGUGGUGAGGACAAGGUUGCUGGCGGUGAGAACAAUGAUCCUGGCGGUGAGAACAAGGUUCCUGGCGGUGAAUACAAGGUUCCUGGCGGUGAGAACAAGUUUCCUGGCGUUGAGGACAAGGUUCCUGGCGGUGAGGACAAGGUUCCUGGCGGUAACGACAAGGUUUCUGGCGGUGACGACAAGGUUCCUGGCGGUGGGGACAAGGUUCCUGCUUCCUGGCGGUGGGUACAAGGAUCCUGGCGGUUAGGACAAGGUUAUUGCCGGUGAGGACGAUGUUGUUGUCGGGGAGGUCAAGGUUCCUGGCGGUGACGACAAGGUUCCUGGCGGUGAGGACAAUGUCCCUAGUGGUGCGGACAAGGUUCCUGGCGGUGAGGACAAGGUUCCUGGCGGUGGGACAAGGUUCCUGGCGGUGAGGACAAGGUUCUCGCCGGUCAGGACAAUGUUGCUGGCGGGGAGGAUAGGUUCCUGGCGGUGGGUACAAGGUUCUUUGCGGUGGGACAAGGUUACUGGCGGUGAGAACAAAAUUCCUGGCAGUGAGGACAAUGUUGCUGGCGGGGAGGACAAGGUUUCUGGCGGUAAGGGCAAGGUUCCUGGCGGUGAGGACAAUGUCCCUAGUGGUGCGGACAAGUUCCUGGCGGUGAGGACAAGCUUCCUGUCGAUGAGAACAAUGCUCCUGACGGUCAGGACAAGGUUCCUGGCGAUGAGGAGAAUGUUCCUGGCGGUGAGGACAAGGUUCCUUGGCGGUGAGGACAGUGUUCCUGGCGGUAAGGACAAAGAUCCUGGCGCUGACGACAAGGUUCCUGGCGGUGGGGACAAGGUUCCUGCUUCCGGGCGGUGGGUGCAAGGUUCCUGGCGGUGAGAACAAGGUUCUUGCCGGUGAGGACAAUGUUGCUGGCGGGGAGGACAAGGUUCCUGGCGGUGAGUACAAGGUUCCUGGCAGUGAGGAUGAGGUACCUGGCGGUGAGGACAAUGUUCCUGGCGGUGAGGACAAGGUACCUGGCGUUUAGGACAAGGUUGCUGACGGUGAGUACAAGGUUCCUGGCAGUGAGGAUAAUGUAGCUGGCGGUUAGGGCAAGGUUCCUGGCGGUGAAGACAAGGUUUCUGGCGGUGAGGACAAGGUUCCUGCCGGUGAGCAGAAGGUAGCUGGCGGUGAGGACAAGGUUCCUGGCUGUGAGUACAAGGUUCCAGGCAGUGAGGAUAAGAUACUUGGCGCUGACGACAAUGUUCCUGGCGGUGAGGACAAGGUUCCUGGCGGUGAGCACAAUGUCCCUAGUGGUGCGGACAAGGUUCCUGGCGAUGAGGACAAGCUUCAUGGCGAUGGGGACAAUGCUCCUGGCGGUCAGGAAAAGGUUCCUGGCGAUGAGGAGAAUGUUCCUAGCGGUGAGGAAAAGGUUCCUUGGCGGUGAGGACAGUGUUCCUGCCGGUGAGGACAACGAUCCUGGCACUGACGACAAGGUUCCUGGCGGUCAGGACAAGGUUCCUGCUUCCUGUCGGUGGGUACAAGGUUCCUGGCAGUGGGACAAGGUUCCUGGCGGUCAGGACAAGGUUCCUGGCGGUGAGGACAAUGUUGCUGGCGGGGAGGACAAGCUUCCUGGCGGUGAGUACAAGGUUCCUGGCAGUGAGGAUGAGGUACCUGGCGGUGAGGACAAUGUUCCUGGCGGUGAGGACAAGGGACGUGGUUUUGAGGACAAGGUUGCUGGCGGUGAGUACAAGGUUCCUGGCAGGAAGGAUAAGGUACCUGGCUGUUAGGACAAGGAUCCUGGCGGUGAAGACAAGGUUUCUGGCGGUGAGGACAAUGAUCCUGGCGGUGAGAACAAGGUUCCUGGCGGUGAAUACAAGGUUCCUGGCGGUGAGAACAAGGUUCCUGGCGGUGAGGACAAGGUUCCUGGCGGUGAGGACAAGGUCCCUGGCGGUGAGGAGAAGGCACCUGGCGGUGAGGACAAGGUUCCUGCUUGUGACUACAAGGUUCCUGGCAGUGAGGAUAAGGUACUUGGCGGUGAGGACAAUGUUCCUGGCGGUGAGGGCAAGGUUCCUGGUGGUGACGACAAGGUUCCUGGCGUUGAGGACAAGGUUCCUGGCGGUGAGGACAAGGUUCCUGGCGAUGAGAUCAAGGUUCCUGGCGGUGAGAAGAAUGUCCCUAGUUGUGCGGACAAGAUCCCUGGUGGUGAGGACAAGCUUCCUGGCGAUGAGGACAGUGCUCCUUGGGGUCAGGGCAAGGUUUCUGGCGAUGAGGAGAGUGUUCCUGGCGGUGAGGACAAGGGUCCUUGGCGCUGACGACAAUGUUCCUGGCGGUGAGGACAAGGUUCCUGCUUCCUGGCGGUGGGUACAAGGUUCCUGGCGGUAUGACAAGGUUCUUGGCGGUGAGGACAAGGUUCUUGGCGGUGAGGACAAGGUUUCUGCCGGUGAGGACAAUGUUGCUGGCGGGGUGGACAAGGUUCCUGGCGUUGAGGAGAAUGUUCAUGACGGUGAGGACAAGUGUCUGGUGCUAAGGACUAUGUUCCUGGUGGUGAGGACAAGGUUACUAGCGGUGAGGACAAGGUUCCUGGCGCUGAGGACAAGGUUCCUGGCGGUGAGGACAAGGUUCCUGGCGGUGAGGACAAGAUUCCUGGCGGUGAGAACAAUGUUGCUGGCGGUGAGGACAAGUGCUGAUGCUGAGGAGAAGUUUCCUGGCGGUGAGGACAAAGUUCCUGGCGGUGAGAACAGGGUAUUUGGCGGUGAGGACAAGGUUUUUGGCGGUGAGGACAAGGUUCCUGGCGUUGAGAACAAGGUACUUGGCGAUGAGGACAAUGUUCCUGACGAUGAGGACAAGGUUCCUGGCGGUGAGGGUAAGAUUGCUGGCGUUGAGGACAAUGUUUCUGGCGGUGAGGACAAGGUUCCUGGUGGUGAAUACAAGGUUCCUCGCGGUGAGGACAUGGUACCUGGCGCUGAGGACAAGGUGCCUGGCGAAGAGGACAACGUUCCUGGCGGGGAGGACAAGGUUCCCGGCGGUGAGGACAAGGUUCCUGGGGGUGAGGACAAGAGUCCUGGCUGUGAGAACAAUGUUGCUGGCGGUGAGGAUAAGGUCCUGACGCUGAGGAGAAGGUUCCUGGCGGUGAGUACAAGGUUCCUGGCGUUGAGGAUAAGGUACUUGGCGGUGAGACCAAUGUUCCUGGCGAUGAGGACAAGGUUCCUGGCGGUGCGGGCAAGAUUGCUGGCGGUGAGGACAAUGUUCCUGGAGGUGAGGACAAGGUUCCUGGUGGUGAAUACAAGGUUCCUCGCGGUGAGGACAAGGUACCUGGCGCUGAGGACAAGGUGCCUGGCGAAGAGGACAACGUUCCUGGCGGGGAGGACAAGGUUCCUGGCGGUGAGGACAAGGUUCCCGGCGGUGAGGACAAGGUACCUGGCGGUGAGGAGAAGGUACCUGGCGGUGACGACAAGGUUCCUGCCUGUGAGUACAAGGUUGCUGGCAGUGAGGAUAAGGUACUUGGCGGUGAGGACAAUGUUCCUGGCGAGGAAGAGAAUGUUCCUGGCGUUAAAGACAAGGUUCCUGUCUGUGAAUACAAGGUUCCUGGCAGUGAAGAUAAGGUUCUUGGCGGUGAGGACAAUGUUCCUGGCGGUGAGGACAAGGUUCCUGGCGUUGAGGACAAUGUUGCUGGCGGUGAGGACAAUGAUCCUGGCGGUGAGGACAAGGUUCCUGGCCGUGAAUACAAGGUUCUUGGCGGUGAGAACAAGGUUCUUGGCGUUGAGGACAAGGUUCCUGGCGGUGAGGAGAAGGUUCCUGGAGGUGAGGACAAUGUUCCUGGCUGUGACGACAAUGAUCCUGGACCGUAGAUACUGUACCAUGCAUUAAACAUAGUCUUAAUAAAGACACGUGAAUCGUGAGACGGCUGUUUUUUUCGUUGUGUAACGUGAUCCAUACCCCCCUUUUUCACCCUCAACGAGGAGGUUAAGGAAACAUCAACGAAACUGCAAGAAAAUGUGGUGUGUCUUAUCUUGCCGUUUAAAGAUAAAAUAUCGGCCGAUAUUGUGCGAAGACAACUCACUGGUCUUGGAUGGUUGAUAGGGACAGCUCUACGAUCGGUUUUCACAAGCAGAAAGGUUCGGGAUGAUGUUAAAGUACAGGAACUGAAGACGCCCAUUGUGAUAAUGCGUUGUUUGCAAAUUUAAAUGUGAUCCGUGCGAUGCAGAUUAUGUUGGCUAUACUUGUCGACACCUACAUCAACGCAUUGAUGGACACAAUUCGAUUCUACGCUAGUGUCAGGGGAAAUAUGAGUGCCUUCUCUACGAGAUGCUUUACAUUUGUGAACUGAAACCAUCUUUGAACAAGCAGUCCGACUCGAUACUUUCUAAGCUUUUUGCUUAAUAUUAAUUUGUUAAUCUUGUUUGUUGUGUUUGUCUGAUGUGUAAAUAGUUAAAUGUUUUUAUUGUUUGUUUUUAAUAUUUUAGUCUUUGUUUUCUUGCGCAUUUGGUAAAAAUUCUGCAUACUUGCGCAAUUAUUUGUUUACUUGACACGAACACACGCGGACCGUUAUAAUUGAAGCAAAACACGAAUAAUUCUUGUUUUUAACUUGAAAAUGAUGCAAGAAGCAUCGAAACGUCGUUGUAAUAAAAUAAAAUUAAUAUCGCUAUCAUUUGUUUCAAAGUUAACAAUAUUAUUAUUCAAACAAUAUUAUUAUUCAAACAAUAUUAGCAAUAGCCCAUCACAUUUGCCAAUGGUAAAUUUACUCGUGACUUAAUCAUGUCCUAGUAUAAUACUCGGUAAUUAUAGACGGUGUUUCACUGUAAUAACAGGCUUUCCGGAGCGCUACAUCUUUUGAAGGCGCUUGGAUUAACUUUAGAAAGAGCGUUUAAUUGAGUAUUUUAAUUCUAAAGUUGUGUGUGGGGGAGGGGGGGGGGGGCGGAAGAAUUCAACAUAAUGCUACAGAGCAACAAACACAAAGGUGCGACUCCACGGAGAGGCCGCUUCUACAAAAUGCAAUAGAAAUAACAAUAACAAUAACAGCAGUAACCAUUGCAACAACAGUGAAACAAUAAUCACAUAUUUCAACACUUUCGCUUGACUAUAUGUAUACUUAGCGACACCUAUUUUUGUCACGUCCGCGUCAGUAGUGUAGACACCACACCUUAAGCUGCGUGCCAAAUGGAGAACGUGAUUUCGAAAUAUAAUUAAAUAUAACUGGGUUUUUUUAAUUUCUACCAUACGAAGAACGAGUUUGUUGUCUGAGUGGUCACUACAGCGAUAUAAUAACUGUAAUGUGGCUAUUGAAUAAGCCAUCGCAUUUUAAUAUUUGGUUUGAGUUCCCUAAUCCAGCGAGGAUCUUGGUUACCUAUUCUGCUUUCCCAACACUACCAUAUUUUGCACCAAACAUGCACAAGCUUCUGCUGGUUCAUUCUUUGGUCUCUUUGGAGCGCUCUUAUCUGGUUUAAUACAUAUAUACUUUCCUUAAUUGAUAUUUAAUACAUAUAUACUUUCCUUAUCCGUUGCAUUAAUCGUGUAAUGGCCCUGUUGCAUUGGCAGACAGCAUUUAUAUUUUGCACAAGGAGGUUGAGGACAUGUUUUAACCAGCUAAAUUGUGAUCCCCUGCAAUACAGUUUAUAUGCCCCCUUCCUUCGAGUUUCCUGGAAAUUCAUUUCCGGUUAUUCCUGGAAAAUGACUUUAAUCGCAGACAACACACCCUGAAUUUCGGUGGUCUCACCCCUCCCCUUGGAUUUCCCAAGGCCUUUUUUAAACCCCUCCCGUGGAUUUUCCAUUGUCCUCAACCUCCCCUCCUUGUGCGGGAAAUAAAUGCAAUCUGUCAUUGCCACGAACACAUCGAAGGGAGGCCAAUGUGGUUGGAGUGCAAUAAACAGUAAAAUCUAUGAAAGGGUCAAGUAUCAAUUGGGACGCAAAUCCUUCCUCCAGUCACGCUUAUGUCGUUUAUGCAUGUGAGUUGUCUGUUUGUGUGAUUAUAGCCUAGUACUUUUUUAUAUUGGGAAAAAUCAUUAAAAUUAAAUUACAUGCAUGUUAAGUUUGUUUAGAUUUCAUGCAAAUUCACAUGAGCAAAUAGCAAUAAGCAGAAAAGAUCCACGCCUUACUUUGUUAUAAAUUUCUCGAAAAUACGUUAUAAUAAAAUUGGUCGCACAAUUCUAACAAAAUUUUGAUUGUUAGAAUAAUUUAAUUUAAGACUAUAAAGUCUAUUAAAUUCUAAGGACUUUUAUUGAUGCGAGCGAAAAUAUGCCCUCUGCAAUAAGCCGUGAACCGACUCGUACAAACAAUCAAUUUGCAAUAAGCCGCGGCUUACUUGGGAUUUAAUGAAAUGAAAUUCAUCAACACCGACAGCUGAACAUGCGGUUAAGCCGCACUCAAACGAGACAUUUCAAGGUCAAUAAUGAUGGUUUGAUGAGUGUUCCAGCUACGUUUUAACUUCAAUCAAAUGCAUGAUGUAGUGUUGGGAAAACAUUAAGAACAGCUAACCAAGAUCGAGUGACUUCCAACUCUCAUGAACUCUCAUCUUCGUUUCAUUCGCUUUAAGGCCGAGACACAUCGGACGCGAUUCGACAAAGCAGCGCGAUUUUUCAGUUUUUGAAAGUUAAUAAAACAACCAAUGAAAGGAAAUUGAUUUAAAAGAUAUAUGUACACCAAAUAAUUCAGAAUGGUAUAGCGCUUCCAAAUAUUUGAAAAACUUAAAUGACGAGGAUCAAAUUUAUAUAUAUAUAUAUAUAUAUAUAUAUAUAUAUAUAUAUAUAUAUAUAUAUAUAUAUAUAUAUAUAUAUAUAUAUAUAUAUAUAUAUAUAUAUAUAUAUAUAUACAUAUAUAUAUAUAUAUAUUUGUGUUUGUGUGUUCAUAUACUAAGCCUAGUGUAUGUUGUAAACUUAGGCAGCCUGUUUCAUCAAAGAGGGAUUAGCUGCUUUCAAUAAAUUAAGGUAAAAACUAGACCAUCUGCUCCCUCUAUACACAUUCGUAUAGACAUAAAUUCUAAGAAAUAUGUUAGUAGUUGGUGUGUGUCGUACCUCUUUAUUAAUCUUUCGUAGUAUUUUUUCAGUUUAUGUUGUUAAUCUUCUCUUCUCUAGGCGACUUUCAAUUAACUCGCAAAUUCUGGUCAAAAUUCAGCUGGCUUUCUUUUCUACUUCCAAGUUCCAACUGCCCCAAAACAACACUUGUCGUAUUUAAUGCUCUUACCAGAAAAUUAUUUUAGUAUUACGUGCCACUUGCCAGUCAGAUCCGAUAUACGUCAACUCGUCACCAGACUGCUGAAAUUUUCAACUUUUAUUCUGCCAAAUAUUAGGUAGUUUCAAACGUGAAAUGAACGUGAAUGAUUAUUCGUUAAUAGCCCGCGUGCAGGCUCAAGGGAAGAAUAGUGGGCCUGCAAGCAAGGCCCAAUCUCGUUCCCAGAGUAUGCCUGUUCGCAGGUUAUCUAGUGGCAUGACUCUGGGGAAAUCGAAUUUUUUUACCCAAAAUGAGAUAAAUGGCGCAUGCGCUUUUAUUGCUCUUGUUUAUUCCGCUUACUAAAUUCGCGCGGGCACACGCUAACAAUCGAUAUAUAUGUUUGAACAGAUUCUCAUCAGAAUAUCGUAUAAAAAAUAGUUUUUUAAACGUUUAAAAGUUCUUUAAAACACACUACUAUUAAACUAUAUUCAAUGGCAAAUAUUGAAAGAGCUAUUAAAGCUGCUAUAGGGAAAAGAGGGCUUGAAUUUUCGUUAAAAGAUGAGACAUUGUAUUUCGGCGGGACUCGACCAUUUGUAAAAUGGUGAAGAUGUUUUGGUCGUACUGUAGAUCGAUAAAAAGUCAUUCAUAAAUAACAUGCCAUUUUGUAAGUAUUUACCCAACGUCCCAAUACAUUUUCAUAUUAUAUCCUUCGAUUUAUAUUGUUUGAUUUCGCAUUCCAAAUCUGAUAAACAUUGAUAAUUCUCUCUUCGCGUAUGUCCACGCGUCAUUCUCGUAAAAACACGCAUUAAUUGUGUCGGCAGCAUUGAUGAUCGCGGCAGCCAAUCAAAUAACGAUUUCGAUUCGAUUUCCCCAGAGUCAUGCGACUACAUAACCCGCGAACAGGCAUACUCUGGGAACGAGAUUGAGCAAGGCCCGGUAUUUUGUACUUUCCGCGUUCGCCCACGAACGUGGCAUUCUGAUUGGCUGUUUGCUGUUGGAUUCUAUAAUUAGAUCAGUGAUUCAUCACAAAGGCUCUCGAUAAGCUUAAAAUUCGAAAAUUGAUCACUUUUUUCGAUUACAAAUGCAACAACAACAGACUGUUUAUUGUUUACUGAAGGAAGAGAUGUUCUUGCCGUUAUGCCAAUGGGGAUUGCUUGUCGUGAAGUGUUGGAAUAGCAACAUUUCGACUGGGGUAAAUUAUAGUAACUUGAGUUUCAUUAAUUUCAAACAGACUUGAAACGUUAUAUGUUCCUCAACAAAAUUAUCUUUUGGUUGAUAUUGACUCAGAGGCAGUUGCAUGUAAGCCUAUUCGAAACACUUUGCGAUUUGCAAGGCUUCGCUGAGAGAGCGAAACAGAAGACGGUAAUUGGAGUUUGAAACGAAACGAUCUGGACUCUGAACGCUGUCUUCUUUUGUGGAGUUCUUUACCAAAUGAAAUAACUGAAAUAAAUUUCGUACUUUCCGCCGCCAACAAGAAUUACACACACGAUCUGAUAAGCGAGACAAUUUAUUUAUAACAAUGGCGACAGCGAAACACACAUUAUAAAUCGGCUAAUGUGGUCGCACGACUUCCCUCACGAUUUGAAGUUUGAGAUUGGUUUUCUAUUGAAAUUCGUCCUAAUUUGCCUGUUCCGAUUUUAGUUGAAAAUGAGCACUUGCAAAUUUGGCAAUUACUGACUGCGUUGCUUGCUUUUUUGGAGUUAAAACGCAGCCAUUUACACAUUGUUUAUGUUCUGAAUAAGCAGAGAAAACCCCGCAACAUUUUAAUGCGAGUUUGUUUGUUAAUAUUUGGGUGCUGUCAUUGGUUCUUUUUUGACAAUUGACGCGCGAAUGGGGCGUGUUUUGAAAAGGGGCGUUUUACAAAAUACCGGGCCUUGCUUGCAGACCCACAAUUCUUCCCUUGGGCCUGCACGCGGGCUAAUUCGUUAACAGUAUUAAAUUGGAGAUUUUCUAGACUCAAUAGCUACGUUGAUUUUUAGAUAAGGGACUGUACAAACGCAAAGAAUAUUUAGCAGAAGGAUAUGUGUUUAAAAUUCGGUUUCUUGCCAACACACCCUGUAGCUACCGUAUGGAUUUUCCCGCCUUGCGCAUGCGCAGUGGACGCAUUUUGGCAUGGCAAAUAGGGCGGCCAUUUUGUUUGUUUUAGUUUUUGUUUAGUCGUAGAACCAAACGGUUCUAAACGUAAUAGUAAAGGUACAAGUAAAAGUAAACGUAAAAUUUGAUAAUUUUACGUAAGAUUUGUAUAAUGUGACGUUUGUUUCAAAUAUAUGAUAAUUUUAUUCAACAUCAGGUGCUAUAGUCGGACUAUAGUAACAGUUUAGAACCAUAUUUCUACGAGUUUGGAUCGCUAUUUGGACUAGUCUAUUUGGAGUGUACAUUUGUGGCAAGUACAAGUUUAUUGGAUUGUAUUUCUGGAAAGUUUAAGUGUAUAUUGAUCGUCAGAGUCGGAGAAUUUGAAUUAUACGGUAUCUUCUCGUUAGGAACGGGUUAGUUUGAGUAUAUUUUCUCGACAAAGACGGUGUAUUUCAAGUAUAUUUAUAUCGUCAGGGACGGUGCAUUUGAACUGUAUUUUCUCGUUAGGAACGGGUUAUUUUGGAUUAUAUUUCACUUCAAGAUCUGCUUUAUUUAAAAGUAUAUUUAUAUCGUCAGGGACGGUGCAUUUGAACUGUAUUUUCUCGUUAGGAACGGGUUAUUUUGGAUUAUAUUUCACUUCAAGAUCUGCUUUAUUUAAAAGUAUAUUUAUAUCGUCAGGGACGGUGCAUUUGAAAUGUAUUUUCUCGUUAGGAACGGGUUAUUUUGGAUUAUAUUUCACUUCAAGAUCUGCUUUAUUUAAAAGUAUAUUUAUAUCGUUAGGGACAGUGCAUUUGAACUGUAUUUUCUCGUUAGGAACGGGUUAUUUUGGAUUAUAUUUCACUUCAAGAUCUGCUUUAUUUAAAAGUAUAUUUAUAUCGUCAGGGACGGUGCAUUUGAACUGUAUUUUCUCGUUAGGAACGGGUUAUUUUGGAUUAUAUUUCACUUCAAGAUCUGCUUUAUUUAAAAGUAUAUUUAUAUCGUCAGGGACGGUGCAUUUGAACUGUAUUUUCUCGUUAGGAACGGGUUAUUUUGGAUUAUAUUUCACUUCAAGAUCUGCUUUAUUUAAAAGUAUAUUUAUAUCGUCAGGGACGGUGCAUUUGAACUGUAUUUUCUCGUUAGGAACGGGUUAUUUUGGAUUAUAUUUCACUUCAAGAUCUGCUUUAUUUAAAAGUAUAUUUAUAUCGUCAGGGACGGUGCAUUUGAACUGUAUUUUCUCGUUAGGAACGGGUUAUUUUGGACUAUAUUUCACUUUCAAGAUCUGGUUUAUAUUCAAGUAUAUUUUAUCGUCAGGGACGGUGCCUUGGAACUAUAUUUAUUGUUAGAAACGGUUAUAUCUGACUAUAUUUACCCACGAUCUGGUUAUUGUAAAGUAUAUGGCUCAUCAAAGACGUAUAUCUUCUCGUUAGGAACGAGUAUUUGGAUUAAAUUUCACCUGAAGGUCUAUAUUUCACUUGAAGGAUAAUUUAUAUCGUCUGGGACAGUGUAUUUGUAUUAUACAGGGUAUUCUUGUUUGAACAGAAUAUUGGAGUGUAUAUAUUGUCAAGGACGGUGAGUUUGGACUAUAUUUAUUGUCAGGGACGGGGAAAAGAAGUUGUUAAUUUUAUUCAGGAACAUAUAUUUUCUGGGUACAUUUGUAUUAUAACUCAUACUGGAUGAUCAACAGUAAUGUCUGUGCGAUCGUGGCCAACAGCACUUGAUAGAGAACCAACUGAGGUUAACCCAGCCAGGUCCGAGCCUGGACAAGGAUGCCUUGAAGGAACAUGGAGAGGUGUUCGGUUAGAAAAAGAAGAAAUGGAAAAGGAGAAAAUAAAUGCUUUGUUUAAGACUCGUAUACAUUUAAUGAACACCCUCACAGAGACGAAAGGAUGGAUACAGGAGGCAAUUUAUGCUGGUGAACCAGUGGAUAAUAUCAAGACAAAGAAAGAGCAUUACGAUGAAUGUUGGAGAGAAUUUGUCAGCAAACACGAACAAUACAUGUCGUGAGCAAAGAGGAAAAGGAUAUUGCAAGUCGAAGUUAUAAAGAACUGAUGACCAAAAAAAUGCAUUUGGAUGAAAUGGUGAUGUCUUUACGAAGGAGACUAAUGCUAGCGUCAAAACAAAAGGGAGAAGAUGCUAGUUCAUUCUCGGGAAAAUCAAGACGAAGUUUGGCAAGUAAGUCAAGUCACAGUUCAAAAUUUUCAACUGUGUCAAAAAGGAAAGAACAGUUAGCGCUCGCUCAGUUGAAGAGAAGCCAACUACUGAAACAGCACGAACUCGAACGAAGAAUGACAGAGUUGAAUUUCGAGAAAGAAUAUAUGGAAGCCCGAAUGGAAGAGGAACGAGCAAUCGUAAGUUUGAAUGUUUAUGAGAAUGAAUCAGAUAACAAUUCUGAGCAUGAAAAUGUUAACAAAAACACACUCUCAAUGAAUCAACAAGGGCAAGGACUAUCACCCCUUUCACAACCAUAUGUACCACAAGAGCAAAUAGUACAAGGGACUAAUAUAUCUUCACCCCAAGUUUCUAAGGUAUAUUCACCCGAAAGGCAUGCUGAACAGUACAAUGUGCCAUUGCAACUGACACAGACAUACCCUCAACAAGAACAACCGGUACAGUCAAUUAAUAUCCCUUCACGACAAGUUUCUGAAACAUAUUCACCCAAAAGGCAAGUCGAGCAGUGUAAUAUGCCAUUGCAACCCACCCAGACGUAUAUUCAGCACGAACAACCCCUACAGUCACCUAAUAUACCUUUAUCGCAGAUUCCUAGAACAUAUUUACCCGAAGGGAAAGUCCAACAACCCGCAGUUAAAGAGAUAGAUACAGGGGAAGAGAUGGUGAGAGCACUGCGACAAGUCGUGUCUAUGCCAAAAAUUAAGUACAUGCACUUUGAUGGUGAUGCAAUAAAUUAUGCUUCUUUCAUGCAUAAUUUUGAAACAUGCCUAGAAAAGGACAACCCUGAUAAUUCCACUCGUUUGCAACUCUUGAUUCAACACUGCAAUAAUAAAGCCCGUGACGCAAUUGAAAGUUGUGUAAACUUACCAGCUGAAGAAGGAUAUACAACUGCAAAGAAAACGCUGUAUGAGAACUUUGGAAAACCGCACAUAAUCGCACGAGCACAUAUUAAUAAGUUGCAGAACUUACCACCAUUGAAACAAGCCAAUGGAGCAAGUUUGCUGGAGUUUUCCAGGCACUUAGAGGUUGCAGAUAGAACGUUGACAAGUAUGGGGCCUGAAUAUGAAAGUGAGUUGAAUCACGUCAACACCUUGCGAGAGUUGACUCGGAAGCUACCAUUAUUCCUGCGAGUAAAAUGGACAGAGCGUGCCGGUACGACAAUUGAAUCUGGCUCUAGACCCAAGUUUAAAGAUUUCCUCCACUUCGUGAAGAAAAGAGCGACGCUUGUAAACAAUGAGUUUGGGGAAGAUCUGGAUCGAGAGAACCCUCCCGAAGAUCAUCUUUAUUUGCAUCCGGCUUGGAUAAUCGACAGAGUCAUAAGAACGAAAGUGGGAAUUCGAUACGAUGCACGAUGUGUUCUGGCAACCAUAGAAUUUGGAUAUGCGAUAAGUUCAAGAAACUUUCCUAUCAAGAGAAGAAGAAAGUUGUGCAACAACGAGAACUUUGUCUUAAGUGUCUGAGUGAAGGCCAUUAUGCGAGAAAAUGUCCUAAAAUUCAUUUUAAAUGUCUGGUAGAAGGAUGCAGUAAAGGACAUAACACAUUGUUACACCCACCGCAACCUGAAGCUGUUAAGGAAGAAAAGGAAGACCAGAAACCUCCAGACCCAAUUGAAACAACUGGCGGAACAGGAGAACAAGAAGUGAAAGUAACAGUCGCAACUGGGGCCGGCGAAAGAGUGUGCUUAAGUGUUGUUCCUCUUAAAGUACGAGCAAAGGGAAGUAAUCAACCCGCCAUUGGAGCUUAUGCACUCUUAGACAGUGGAUCUGAAGUUACGCUUUGCCAUGAACGUUUGAAGAAACAACUUGCAGUAAGUGGAAGGAAGCUGGACUUCACAUUGUCAGGCAUGACCGGAUCGACCAAAGUAAGAAGUGAAUUGAUAGACAUUGAGGUGGCCUCACUGGAUGGUGAGACACUGAUCGAGUUGUCAAACGUAAGAACUGUCAAUCAAAUGCCGAUCUCGGAAGCCUGCAUUGCAAAGAAAGGAGACGUUCGAAGUUGGUCUCAUUUACGUGAUCUGCCAUUACAAGAGUUGGAAACUAGAGAUGUUAUGUUGGUCAUUGGACUUCAAGAGAACCCUUCCAUGUUUUUGCCUUUGGAAUAUCGAUCUGGAGAAGAAAGGGAUCCCGUAGCAAUCAGAUACAGUUUGGGUUGGACUGUGAUUGGGCCCGUUGGUGAAAAAAGGGAUGGCAUGUGUGCGACAUCCAAUUUUGCAAGAAUGUCUGUCAACGCUGAUGAUCUUUCAACUGAAGAUCGUACGUUUGAAAGUCUGAAGGAAGCGAGGGAGUUUCUCACAGAAGAUCGUGCCAUGGAAGAAAGUGAGCAUGUAAUGAAGGAUAGAACUGGAGAAGUUAAAGAAGUCGAACGUGUUCAAGUUGAUCGUGAAAACACGGAUGAAGAUCUAAAACACCAAUUAGAAAGGCUGUGGAAAACAGACUUUGAAGGUUCUCUAGUCGAAACCAAAGUGUGCCCGUCGGUGGAAGAUAAGAAAGCGCUACAAAUAAUGGAAAAAACACUGAAGAUAGUGGACGGUCAUUUUCAAGUUGCUCUGCCCUGGAAGAAUAAUCCACCAUAUUUGCCCAACAACAAGAUUGUUGCAGAAAGACGGGGUUUGCUUCUGAAAAAACGCCUCCUCCGCGAUGACGAACUGUUGAAAAAGUAUCGGACAACGUUGAAUGAGUACCUAGAAAAGGGUUACGCUGAGAAAAUCCCUAAAGAGCAAUUGAACAUGGAGAACAGACCGAUCUGGUAUCUCCCGCACCACCCGGUUACGCAUCCCCUAAAGCCCGAAAAGGUUCGAGUGGUAUAUGAUUGUGCAGCAAGUUAUGGACGAACGUCGUUGAAUCAACAGCUCUUGCAAGGUCCAGAUCAAACAAAUCAACUGACUGGCGUGCUUAUCCGAUUCCGAGAAGAAUCUGUUGCAAUGGUUGCAGAUGUAGAAGCAAUGUUCCACCAGGUCUUGGUGGAACCCCGCGAUUGUGAUGCACUACGGUUCUUAUGGUGGCCGAGCGAUGAUAUUUCUGGCGAGAUGGAGGAAUAUAGAAUGACAAGACACCUAUUCGGGGCUACGUCUUCGCGUAGUGUUGCUAAUUUCUGCUUGCGUAAAACAGCAGAGUUAUAUCAAGCUGAAUUUAACCCUGUGGCUAUAGAGACGGUGAAACGUAAUAUGUAUGUCGACGAUUUGAUGAAAUCAUCGAAGGAAACAAGCGAGGCGAUAGGCUUAGUGAGUCAACUGCGCCAUCUACUCGAAAAGGGUGGUUUUCGUCUCACAAAAUGGUACAGUAAUAGCAAAGAGGUGAUGAAAACGAUUGUAAUAGUAACUGUUCAUUUGUGAUAGAUUACAUAAUUAACUAGAAAAUACAUGCAUGCAGAAACCCUCACCUUGCUGACAAAACCAUUGUAUUUUCCGAACAUGAAGUAUCUAAAGUAGUUGCCAUAGUCACAAGAAUAAGAAGGUAUAGCCGAAGUGUAACUCGAGUCGGUUCCCUUAUUGUUUUACGUCCACGAAAAUUUUAACUCGCUCACGCCAAGCCACGCCAUCCUGGCUAGUACAGCCGGACGUUUUUAUCAGGAUUUGGUAGGUACAAAGUGCCAGUUGUACUAGCCAGGAUGGCGUGAUUGAUGACGAAUUGCUUGUAAAAACGCGGACAAAUACUUGCUUGAGUUACGCUUCUGCUAUACCUUCCUUCCUAUCUGAUAAUUUUUUAUCCUUCCGUGAAUACAGCAACUUUGGUAUCCGUAAAUUUACGCUUUCGAGGAGUAAGAAAUUGAUAUGUUCAUGAUGACAUAAUAUCAUUUGUUGCGCUUUUCUGAAGAACUAACGAUAUAAACAUGUUUAAUAUCCGAAACACACAACGAAAAGGAGAUCGCUAAAAACGGUGUUAUUAUGCGGCUCAAGUCGUCGAAAGGCUAUAACAUGUCAAAUACGUCUAGCAUCGUCUAAAUUGUUUCGCAAAUUUCUUGCUAAUUACGCCCUGCCACGAAUUUCUAAAAGAUGACCCUUCUAGAGUAAUACUGAUACUAUCAUAUUUUACAGCAUUUGAAACUUUAGGAUGCAUAUCCACCAUGAGCAACUCAUGAAAACACCAGCAUUCGUUACCGAGAUGAGAAAUCAACUUUCAAGAGAUGUAAAAUAUUACACCUAAACAAUAUCUCGGGGGAAAACCGUAUUAACUAUAAUGUCAUGCAUAGGUUUAUAUACGCUGUAUUCUUUUUUCAACACAUAAGCUAAAAACAUCGUUUUUGCCCGUAUAAGUUAAUUAAUAGGAAGGGUGUGUUUUAAGCGUUCCUUAUUAACAUAAUCGCAAAUUCAAACCUACGCAUGCUUUAAAAAUAUUUUAUCUUUGUGAAAAAGCGUCGUGUUUUCUCAUGUAUUGAAAAAAUACAGCGCAUACCUAAACAAGGAAAAUUGCCUUGUUCCUAUUCCUCGGCAUCUUAAAGUCUUGCCAUGUCCUCAAUGCAUUUGCAUGCCGACGUUAUAGUUAUUAAUACGGUUUUCCCCUGAGAUUAUCAAAUGGCCGGCACGUGCCAGCUGAUGACGUGUUUUAUUGUUUACGUUUAAUAUUUCACAUCUCUUGAAAGUUGAUUUCUCAUCUCGGUAACGAAUGCUAGUGUUUUCAUGAGUUGCUCAUGGUGGACAUGUAUCCUAAAGUUUCAAAUGCUGUAAAAUAUGAUAGUAUGAAUAUUAGUCUAGAAGGGUCAUCUUUUAGAAAUUCGUGGCAGGGCGAAAUUAGCAAGAAAUUUUGCGAAGCAAUUUAGACGAUGCUAGACGUAUUUGACAUGUUAUGGCCUUUCGACGACUUGAGCCGCAUAAUAACACCAUCUUUAGCGAUCUCGUUUGCGUUGUGUGUUUCGGAUAUUAAACGUGUUUAUAUCGUUAGUUCUUCAGAAAAGCGCAACAAAUGAUAUUAUGUCAUCAACAUAUCAAUUUCUUACUCAUCUAAAGCGUAAAUUUACGGAUACCAAAGUUGUUGUAUUUAUGGAAGGAUAAAUUUAACACAGCCGGGCCGUGCGCGAAAUUAGACAGUUGAACUUUGCGCGAGUUAUUUAUCGCGGUUUCGCUGCGUGGAAAUAAGUUAACCACAUGAAAUUACUUUUGAAUACAUUCUCCAGAAUGGUCAUCGAUCAAAUUUUUAAGUUUUUUAUUAUAAAGGUAACAAAAUAAGGUUUUAAACGAGCUUUGCGAUCUAUCCGACCGCUGACCAUUCCCUUUGUCAGAAAAAAACAGUGAUCUUUCAGAAACUACCAUGGAGCCGACUUUCACCGGUGUUUCCCAGAGGAGGUUGGACAGCAGGCCGCAAAGCAUCAUGGGAAUUGAGCGCCUAAUUCCACGCGUGGCUUUCAUUGACUGUUGACUGUCGAGUGUCGAGGAGUGAACAUCUCUCUGACUACAAAACCAAUAUGGAAGCUUUCGAACGACAAGAAUGUCAGGCUGCGAUAUUUUGUGAAAACAGCAUGUUAUUGCUGUAUUGUUGCGAUCAUCGACGUGUUGUCAUUUUAGCUUUACAAAUAAUCCGUCUAAGAAAAGGAAUUGUGUUUAAUUUAUAUUCCCAAUAGCGAGGCUCUUCUUUCUAAGUUGGAUGGCGUUAAAUCUCUGUGUAUCAUCAACGUGAAAACAAGCGCAGUAUUUAAGGUUGGUAUACUACAAUGCAUUACAGUUAUCGUGUUAUUUUAUAGUCAAAUUUCCGCUUUGUUGUUUUUAUUCUUGUACUUUUAAUAUAAAUACACUGUACAAAAUUAUGGCGUCAUACUUGUGUUUACAAUGCCUCUAGUUUGACCCUAUUGUGUGUAUAUGUACUGUGUCACUGUGAUACAUAUGUACAUGUUUUGAGUUAAACGAAUUGUUUAAUACAUUUUUGCUGAAGUAUGAUGCCUGUUUGUAUGGAUAGAUUUUUACAUAUAUGUGCAUACAGUAUAGUAUAUUUUUCAAUUUUCAUCUGUAAAAUAAUAUUUGUGUUGUUCUAACAUUAUUGUAAAUAGUGACACACUUUUGCAUUAGAUUGCUAAUUUUAGAGAUUACAGUGUAUGUAUAAAAUAAUAAAAUAAAAAUUUUCUUGUCAUGAUUUUGUAGAAAGAGAUCUACUUGAGUGGUUCAGUGGUUGGCUGGUCUUGAACCUGGUCAGCAUGGAUAUGGUAAUGAAGGUGAUAGGGCAGAAAGUGGUGACCAGUUAAGUGAUCAGGAUGAAAGUGACGAGGACGAAAUCACCCAUGCUGUGCCAUUCAAGUGCAUUGGUGCUGUUCAUGAGAAACAUUACCAAGAUCAUUUGUAACAGGCAUGCCUUGCAAUUCAUGUAAGAAUACGUCCAAAGCCAUUGAAUCCAAUGGACCCAAGUGCAAUAGCAAUUGAUGUAGACUAUGGAACUGGAUGGACACAUGUGAUGUUGGCUAUAUUAUUUGCACCCACUAAUUGCUGCAUGAGAUAUCGUAGAGGACUAUGUUCAGCAUAUAAAGUAUAGGGUUGACUUUUUUAAAAUAGGGUUUUAUCCAAAAUUUUUCAUUAAGGGAUGUGGUGAGUGGGUGACUCAAGUGGUAAGGAGGGGCAUGAGUGUAUGUCGACAGAUGUUUGUGAUAUAAUAGUAACUGACUAGGUUUAGCAAGUUAUAGAAAUGAUGUUAUUUAAAUUGGCUAACUUUUUAGAUUUUUUCAGCAUUUUUACCUUUCACUUUAUUGCCAAACAAAAAUGAAAAAUCAUUUAAUUUAAGUAGGUGUGUAUCUAUAAGAAAUGUCAUGUGCACUUGUGCAACUCCCUCAAAAUAGCAAUAUUGCUUUUUUAUUGUGUAGGACACCAAUAUGGUUCUCAUUACCUAUAUCUAAACUUAAAAAAAACAUGUGCUAUAAAUAAAUGCAUCUACCUAUUUCGUGACUGAAUAGAAUUUAUUUUGUCAAGCCAUGUAAUUAAUUUUGAAAUUGCUGUGACUUUAUGUAACCCUUCUGCAGGAAUUGAGCCUAAACCCUAAAGCACCAACCCCUAAAUUACCAACCCAUCCCCAACAAUAAAAUUACAUCUUACUGUCAAUUUGUCUUUGAAAUCUGACCACCAAUGUUUAUUUGUAAGUUCGGAAUGUAUGUUGUAAAGUUCGACUGCAUGCAGUUCGUUUUAAAGUAGGUUCUGUGAAAGUCGGACUGAGUUGAAUUUAAAUGGUUCUUAUUCUUAGUCAAAAUAUGGGUCUCUAUUUACUUGUUUCUAUAUACACCUGUUGACUCUGGAUGGUCUUCAGAAGUAUCAAAUAAUGUACCUGCAUUAUAAAUGCUUCCUCCUUUAACUUAAUAAUAGUGUUCAUGUAUACUAAAAAACCAAACAUGGUGAAUUAUACUACAGGUAUAUACAGUAACUGUACCAGCCAGGGUGUUAAAACUGGCUCGUCCAAAAAAUACUGUGGGUGAUGUGUGGCAACUUACAUGGUGCUUGAAAUGAAUUGUCACAUGCUGACAAUCCAGCAUCUUUUCAACAAAAAUUAUCGAAACAUAUGAAGUAGAUAAUGUAAACAGCAGCUGACAACUUUUGAGGUAUUCAAGAAAUAUCACAAAGCUUGAAAGUUGCUGUUUAAUAAAGAAAACAAUUUCUUAGGUCAUCCAUGGCCAUCUAGUUAAAAAGUGGCUGACGUCUAAUUUCAAGAGUGGCUGGUGCAAAAUGUACACUAUUAUAACAAACAUAAUUUAAUUAUUAAUGUCAAUAAAUUUGAACAAAUAUGCUCAAGCAUUAAUUAAAUAUGAUACAGUACAUGUAUGCAGGGAUGGAUCCAGCAUGAUCUGGUAGGGGGCGGGGGGUGCUCUUGUGCCGACUGCCGAAUUGUGUCGGUCAUGUGUGCCGCCCACCCAUCCACUGCUGUAUUUGAAUUUGAAUUGUUGUUCACAGUUCACUUAUCAUCAUGUUAUUACUCAAAUUAUUGUAUCUCAUUUUGUCUUUUUUGCUUUAUCGAAAAAUAGCACCCCCAUGCACCCCCUCUGGCCAGGGCUAGGGGGGUGCACACCCUGCACACCCCCUCCCCCCCCAGUAAAUCCAUCCCUGCAUGUAUGUGCACUUUCUAUAUUGUGCUCAGGUAUUUGGUGGAGCAUGUUGUUGGCCACGUUGAGGGAUCACAGCUCAAUUUGUAUUCACCAAUAACUUUCAGAAAGACAUCAUAACUAGGACAAGAGAUACUAUAAUCUAUACUAGUAAUCCAUGCUAAAAUGUCUUCAUUCUUCUUCAACAUCAUCAGUUGGCCCUGCCCUUGGAUGUAAUUAAAAAGGAACAUAGAAUUUUUCACUGAGAGAAAAUCUGAUCACUUUAUAAUGUGCUGUUCUUUUAAAAUCGUCUCUAGCCCAGAUAUAAAAUCUGUAAAAACAGACAAAUAACUCGUCUUAAUAACUCAAUUAAAUAGUCUUUCAAAAGUAAUUUAAUAUUUACUGUAAAGAAAAGUGAUCCUAAUAUUGGGGGACUUUCAAAAUUCAUUGUGAAAAGUGAAAACCAAGCUUUGGUGGCGCAAUAUCUUCCCCAGAUAUUAGACGCCAUUUUGGCAAAGGUUGAAUUGAGUAUGGUCAAUUCAAUAUGGCGUCAUUUCACCGCCAAUAUUCAUGUAUAUCAUGCUUUCGACAUUGAAGUUAAAUAGGACAUUCAGCAACUACGUGCUUUCGACAUUGAAGAUAAAUCUGACAUUGAACAUGCAGAACAUUCAACAUAUUUUCGACAUUGAAGUUAAAUAGGACAUUCAACACCUACGUGCUUUCGACAUUGAAGUUAAAUCUGGCAUUGAAUAUGCAAAACAUUCAACAUAUUUUCGACAUUGAAGUUAAAUAUGACAUUGAACACCCAUGUGUUUUUGACAUUGAAGUUAAACCGGACAUUGAACAUGCCGCGAAUUUAGCACCCAUCACAACUUCAACGUUCAAAAUAUGUUGAAAAAAAUUACCACAUGUUGAAUAUUGGCGGAGUUGAACGAUAGCGUCAAAUCUCCGCCAAUAUUAAUUAAGCUAACACAAGAUAACCCCCCGGCCAAAUUCAUUCGUGUCCAGACCUCUAGAACAUAUCACAUGACGCAAGCCGAGGAUCGAAUUCGCCGCAUCUUGUCGCUGUAUUGAAGGCCGUAUAUUCACCAUAAUAAUAUAUUCGCGUAUGUUCGCUUGAUUGUCUUAAAUUAAUUGACUUUUAUAGCGCAGAUUGAAUUGCUAGAGACGCAAAAAAACGCAAAAUCUGGUAGAAUGAACCCAGAGGCAAUAAUUUCCGCAAGGACCGCAAGAGAUGCAGGCAGAUGCUCUGUUUGAAGUUGCUGAGCGAUUGAGACAACAGUCAACAGUAUUAUUUUAUUUAUUAGAUUAUAUUUUAAAAAUUUCUAAUAAUCGCAUUAUAAAUAAUCGAUACAUUUUAAUAUUUAGAGUGUACUGGCAAAAACAAUGCGUGCGUCAACGUGAACUUUUGUUGCGACAGAAAGGCAGAUGGUUUUCUUUAUAUAUUAAAUCGUUGUGGUGUAAUGUGAUAGUAUAGUACUUGUCAAUUUAGCAUAAUUUUGAGCACUUUUCUUUCCGGAUCCGUGAGCCUUUUAUAACUUUAUUUGUCAUUUACUUAUACAACUGUUUACAAAAAAUCCUACUGUUUACAAACUUUUGUGUUACAUACUUAAUUAAUAGGUGUCUUCUUAUUAAUUCAAUAACUGUUACACAAUAGAGAUUUUUGCUGCCAAUUGCACUAGCUAGAAUUAGCAUUUUAAUAAUAGUACAUCCUUUUAAUUUUUAAACUAGGAGAAUAGUUUCGUGGAGAAUAGUUUCGUGGAUUUAUCUUAUACCAUAAACUUCCGAUUAUAAGUCCCCGAAUAUAAGCCCGACGUCUAUGACCCCGUCACAUUACUAACGUUCACACCAUUCGAUAUACUAGCCUGUAAUCAUAAUCAGUAGUUUAUGGUAUAAGAAAAAUAAAUUUUCUCACGAAACUAUUAUGUGCUAUUAUUAAAACGCUAAUUCUAGUGCAAUUGACAGCAAAACUCUUUAUUGUGUAACAGUUAUUGAAUUAGUAAGAAGACACCUAUUAAGUGUGUAACACAAAAGUUUUGUAAACAGGUAGGAUUUUUUUGAAUUGUUGUAUAAGUAAAUGACAAAUAAAAUUAUUCCUUUAAUAGGAUCACGAACGGAUCUAGCCUACGGUGUAGACCCCAGCAGAAACACGUUUCGUGAGGGGUCUACGAAUAAACGAAGCAAAGCUUGCCCGGGUACGUCAUAUCCGAUUUACGUUUUGGGUAAAUUAACUUUAAUUUAUUCAAAGCGUGCUCGAAUUAUUUAAAGAUGGCGGAAUGUAGUACAAAGUAUGAUAGAGUGUUGUUUGAUGAAUGUAAAUUUCAAGAAGCACUGGCCACUGCUUGCAUGCUUUUACAAGUGGAAAAAUUUUACGAAGAUCAAGAAAAUGCAUUGAAAAUAACCGAUUUUUUCAUGAAAACAAAAAAAUGUUGCAUUUUAAUAAAUGGAUUGUAACAAUAAGUAUAAUUACGGCUUUUCUUCCACUAUUUUUAACACAGUUUGAAACUUCAAAUGCGAUAUAAUUUUGGCUUGGACCAUCUAAGCUGACUGACAUCAGCUUGCUAUAAUUUCUGUUUACAUUACAUCGCAAUUCGAUGACACUCUGGCUCAGACACCAGAAUGUUUUGAUUCUAUGAUUUUUAGCAUUCGUUUAGGAUUUUCAAACAACCUGGUCUGUUUUAAAAUACUUUUAAUUUGUUCUUACGUGGUUUUCCAGAUGUAGUGACGACAACAUUAAAGUUUAAAGAAGAAAAUUCUAACAUUUAAACCGUCUAAACAAUAACAUAGUAAACUUGCAUAAUUAAACAGCAACUAAAAAUGAUAGGUUUUACUAAAUCUUUUCCUGUGCAAUUAUUACUAGCAUUGGAGACAAGGAUAAUAGUUUGUUUGAAAGAGAAAAGAACAGGCUUUGAAGUAAGCCUAAAAGCGUUUAACUAGAAAUAGUAUUUCGAAAGUUAUUAAGCACAAAAGAUGAAUUGCGUUUAUUUUGAUACACCCUGUAUAGUUUACACUUCUCCGGAAGCAUUUCUUGCUACGAAAAGAUGGAGAUCGCUUGCCAGCUCAAGCAGCUUUCGAGAGGAUUGUGUUGCAAUCGCUAUUGAUGAGGCACACUGUUUGGUUCACUGGUAAGUAUUUAUAAUAUACCCAAACCCAACGAAAUAACUGAAUGUUUAUUUGUUUUUUAUUCAGUUUAUUCAAAGUCAGUCAGAGGUUUAUUUGUUAUUUCAAUGUUACAUGUCAUAACUCUAUAUUAUUUUUGUCACUAUUAGGGGAAAGUCAACAUCUGUGAAGGAUACUCCAUUCAGAAUAUGGUAUUCAAAGUUGGUGGAAAUGAAAUCCUUGUUACCCAACACAAGGUAUGCUAUAUUUACAGCCACAGCAACAAAAAGCACUAAGAGGACAAUAUUUGAUAUGCUGGAUUUAUCCUUGUAUGACACGUUCUGCACAGAAAAAAACCAACAAGAGGUAACAGUGGUUAUCAUUUUAUUUAUGUGGAAAAAAACCUCCCUCUUGAUACAGUAUUUGAUGAAAUAAUUAAUGAGCUCAAAGAAGAAAAGCAGCAAGCAAAAAGAACUAUCAUUUUUUGCCAAACCAGAAAACAAUGUUCCUUACUUUACAGGAUGUCUGUUGUAGCUUUGGGUAAUGAUUUAUUUGCCUCUGAAGGACAUGAACCUAAUACACGUCUGGUUGAAAUGUACCAUGCUGGCACCCCAGAGUCUGUAAAGACUCAUGUAAUUAAUGAAAUAGGUAGAUUUGGUAGCCACUUGAGGCUCAUCAUAUGUACCAUAGCAUUUGGAAUGGGAAUAAAUUGUAAGGAUGUAUAUCGCAGCAUUCAUUUUGGUCCACCAAAAACUGUUGAACAGCUUGUCCAAGAAUGUGGUAGAAUCGGGAGGGUGGAAAGCAAUGUAUUUGUUAUAUUCUGUACAAUGGAUUUCUUACUAGUCACUGCAAUGAACACAUGAAGAAAUUAAUUCAUUCUAAAAGUUGUCGCAGACAGUCCAUUUCUAAGUUAUUCACUGCUUCAAGCCAAGAAUUGUUCAGCGAAAGCUGUCACUGUUGUGACAUCUGUGCCCAAGUUUGUGAAUGUGCCACACCAAUUGAUGUAGUCGACUUUGGCAAAAAGGACAAGGAAAAAACAAGUAUAGAUGCAUCAAGAAAACGGAAAGUUACUAAUGCUGAAAGACAGAUUUUACAAGAGAAGCUUGUCAGAUACAGCAAAUCAUUGCUUCCAAAGAAUGUCAAUGAAUUUAUCCCUGUUGGUACACCUAAUGUACUGUUUGAAUUUGGUUUCUACCAAAUUGAACAAAUCAUGAAUAGCUGUCAUGAAUUAUUCACUAUGGAAGACAUAUUAUUAAAAAUAGAACUAUGGAGACAUGUACAUGCAAAUAAUGUCUAUAUGAUGCUUUCUGAAACAUUUAAAGAUAUGAGAGUAUUAGGUGAUAUUCAAUUAUCAGAAGAGGAAUUUAGGGAUAUGGAAAUUGUUUUAGAAGAUUGGGAAGAUAUUAGGGAUGAUUCAUCUCUACACAAUUCCACUAUGGAUAUUUCGGCUAAUUCUAACAUGGACACCUCUUUUGAAAACAGUUUUAUAGAGCGUGAAACAGUUGAUAACAAUAUCAGUGAAAUAUUUCAAUCAAUGGCCAACACAAUUGACAUGGACAUCAGCAAUGGUUAAAUUCAAGAUUAAAUUAACAAUCAGCAUUUGUGUAUGUGUGAAAUAUAUCAGUAUAUUCAGUGACAAACACUAGGGCAGGGAUUGGUAAGAUGUUAAUUAAGCAAAUGUGCAUGUAAUUUUGGCCAAAAGAAAUAUAUUUUUGGAACAAAGAACCAUUGAUAAUAUUUACAGUAUAUUUAAAUCAAAUUUCACAGUAUAUUUCAUUUAAAUUUUACAUUCCUAUUAAAACAUACCAUAAACCUCUGAAUAUAAGCUCACCACAUCCUCAUUCCAAAUAUAGCCCCCCCCCCAUCCGAAUAUAAGCCCCCUUCCCAAAUAUCAUUCCCCCAAAUAUAAGCCCAGUAGCCCACUACGUUAUUCAACAUUGACAUUGUCUUUUAAUAUAGCAGGAUCGAUAUUUAAAAAAACAUUGUCAUUGUCUUUAUAGCUUACUUUGUUAAUCAAAGCGUGUUAUUAAAUAAUACAUGUUUAUUUUCCUGUUUAUGACUGACUUGUUUAUAAAUUAUUACUAACACAAAAGAUCGUCCAUGUACAAGCCCCCCGUAUAUAAGCCCCCCCCACGUAUAUAAGCAACCCCCUCCCCCGUUGUAUAAGCCCAUAAAAAAUCACUUACGAAAUAAUAUAAGCCCAGGGCAUACAGUCGGAGGUUUACGGUAUAUAGUACUGUAAGUUUUAAUGUUGUUCGUAUAGAAAAUUGUUCAACUUUUAACGGGAGCAUUUGCUCAAAAAACGUUUUUCUUGUGUUCAUUAAUCCACUUGAACAUUGCAGAAACAUUAAAAUUUGCUAAUAAACUGGAUUCAAUCCCAGAAAAGUGUUUGUAAGUCCUACCAUUGGUGAACACGAAUGCUUCAUUAUCAACGAGCCCUUUGACAACUUUGAUCAGAUCAUUUCUUGAUGAUUGCUGCACAUGCUUGCCUGAUCUCCUCACAACAUUACACAUCUCGUCAAAGUUGUCCAGCAACUGCUUGUUUGUGGCUAACGCUUUACAAUGACGAUCUAGGGCAUUUUUGUUGAGACCGUUCGCACCCAGGCUUCGCAUAAAAAUCUUGAUCAACUUGUUGAAUUGCUCCAAUGCUAAGUCAAGAGGGAUGUUGCCUCCACUACCACAUUUAGACUUAAAAAAUCUGUUCCAGACCAGUCUAUGGGCAGCGCGCGGACUCAAUAGUGCGUUUACUUGACAUUGCAAGUAAAGAGCUUCUAGAGCAUACUUUCUGCUGCUUGCACCGUCUUCCUUCAAGUACCGUAGCAUAAACUUCCAGCAACGCACAACAUGUGAACCAUCACCUUCCGAAACCGCAUCAUAAAAAUUCUUGACUAGAAGACCAAUUUCAAGAAACGACGACUGAUAAUUGAACAUGUCGUCUCUUUUCGGUUUUCCUUUGAAAACGUAUGUUAUGACGGAUUCAGGUACUCGUAAGCCAUGCGGUUCUUCGUGCUCUCUUUUUCUUUUACCGUCAAAUCGAUAUGUCUUCUCACAGCCUUCAAAUCUACAUCUGAAUCGUUGACCUUCACUUGCAUUCCUCUUUUCUUUCUCUUGUUUUUCAGCCAUUUGCACUUUAUCUAAGAGAGCAACAACUUUUUCUUCGUCUAAGAUGUAUUUAUCGACCACCUUUGUGGCAAGCGAUUUCAAAAACUGCUGUUUUUCCUUUCUUGAUGCACUCAGUAACCUGGUUGGAAGAACAUCUGAGCUUGGAUGUCCAUCAACUUCUGUGAGCUUUAACUCGGUCAUACAAGCAGCCACAAUUCUAGCAUCAACCUCCAGCAUGACAAAUUUCUUGGUAGCAUUAACAUUUUUGCUUACAUCUGUUGAUACGUUUCUCCUAUUUAUCACGUUUCUAUCAUAAUAUAGUGUACACUGAUUAUGCAUUUGGAGCAGUCGGGUGGAAGAAACGAUUGAAGAUUACCUACAGAAACGAAACAUUUUUUAAUUAGUUUUUAAUAAUUUCAUCGCGGUUUUGAGUAAGGCUUAGAACAUGGUUAGACAAACAGCCGAAAAGUCACAUUAUUUAUUUAGAGGCACUUAAUAUCCCAAAAAGCAAAUUACAAUGGUUGGAUAAGGAAGUAUGAUUUAAUGAUUCCUUAAUAUUCCCCCAUAACGUGUGUGUGAAAAAACGAAAAUGCUCCUCGAUUUCUAAAGCAAGUGUUCCUCAUGAUUCAGGACACUGUGAAAACAUUUUUUCCAUAACUUUUUUACAGUCGUGCCAAUGGAAGCGUUCCGAAAAAUGUUGACCAAUUCAUUUCCUAACUUGAAGAAACACAAUUCCUCAACAAUUCGAUAAGUUCCCUAAAAAGUUCCUAACUUCCUGUUUUGUUGACCAACCAGAUUGCCCAAAAAUAAAAUAUAAAAUUUGAUUGGUCAAUGAAACGUGUUUCUUCUUUCUUUUCCCCUCACGAAACGUGUUUCUGCUGGGGUCUACACCGUAGGCUAGAACGGAUCCGGAACUUAGAAAAGUGCGCAAAAUUAUGCUAAAUUGACAAGUACUAUCAAAUUACACCACAUGGCCUCACGAUUUAAUAUAUAAAGAAAACCAUCUGCCUUUCUGCCGCAGCAAAAGUUCAGUUUGACGCACGCAUUGUUUUUGCAAUUACACUCUAAAUAAAAUGUAUCGAUUAUUUAUAAUGCGAUUAUUAGGAAUUUUUAAAAUAUAAUUUUUGCGUCUCUAGCAAUUUAAUCUGCGCUAUAAAAGUCAAUUAAUUUAAGACAAACAAGCGAAUAUACGCGAAUAUUAUGGUGAAUAUACGGCCUUCAAUACAGCGACAAGAUGCGGCGAAUUCGAUCCUCGGCUUGCGUCAUGUGAUAUGUUCUAGAGGUCUGGACACGAAUGAAUUUGGCCGGGGGGGUUAUCUUGUGUUAGCUUAAUUAAUAUUGGCGGAGAUUUGACGCUAUCGUUCAACUCCGCCAAUAUUCAACAUGUGGUAAUUUUUUUCAACAUAUUUUGAACGUUGAAGUUGUGAUGGGUGCUAAAUUCGCGGCAUGUUCAAUGUCCGGUUUAACUUCAAUGUCAAAAACACAUGGGUGUUCAAUGUCAUAUUUAACUUCAAUGUCGAAAAUAUGUUGAAUGUUUUGCAUAUUCAAUGCCAGAUUUAUCUUCAAUGUCGAAAGCACGUAGGUGUUGAAUGUCCUAUUUAACUUCAAUGUCGAAAAUAUGUUGAAUGUUCUGCAUGUUCAAUGUCAGAUUUAUCUUCAAUGUCGAAAGCACGUAGGUGCUGAAUGUCCUAUUUAACUUCAAUGUCGAAAGCAUGAUAUACAUGAAUAUUGGCGGUGAUAUGACGCCAUAAUUCAAUGCCAAAUAUCUCGAAAACUGCCGGGGGAUCCCGGGGAUCCCUCCAGCAGAUUUUUAGUUUAGACAUUUGUCUUGACUUUUUUGCAAAAAUUACAAAAAUCGAACCAUGGGAAUUCCAGAUUUUUUAGUUUGAAAAUUGUAAACAGACUCUGACUUGAGUCAUCACGUUGCCACGGCAUGACCAACUUUAAUAAUCGAAAACAGGUUAAAAAAUAACGUUUACCUCAGAAAUUCUUGCACAUAUCGCCAGUCCUUUUAUAAUACUAAGGCCAUGGUUGCAUUUUGAUAGAAAAAUUUGAGUAUUUAUAUAUAUUUUUUGAGUUCUUCUGUGUCCAAUGCAAAUUUGACGGCCAAAAAUCUUCGCAAACACGAUGGGAAAAUAGCGCGAUUUCAUUGGUCGAGAUUUUCACGUGACAGCUGUCCAACCUCCUCUGGUUGUUUCCCAGAGCCUCAGCAAGCCUCCACAGAGGAUUGCGGGCUCUGGUUUCGAGAUUGGGCCAAUAUGAGUGAAUACGAUAUAUUUUGCUGAAUUUGGCCUGAAAAUUUGCUUACUUUGACGCCUGCAGAACACAUGCGCAGAACAGACUUUACAUGGUCUUUAACAAUAGACGAAUGUCCUACGUACAGUAUGUAAUAAUAUGAAACCGUCUACACAAUUUAUACAAUGGUUCCACUAAAAUUGGUAAAUAAAUGAUUGUCAACUAUUCCACAGUCUUGGUGUGCUGAGUGGUUAUAAUGUUAUAUAGUAAUACUACCUGAAAAAAACAAGCAGAAACUCAACAUUGGCUACUAACUCUUGACGAACGGCCUUCGCUAGAAAUGUCAAAUUUCUGCUUGUUUUUUUCAGGUAGUACUAUAUAUAAAUUUCAGAUGUUCAUUCUUGUAAUGGCCUAGCCUGCGUAGCAGGCGGUAUUCGCUGGCACGAGAGAAUGGGAAGCUAGAAAUACCGCCUGCCCAAAAACUACACAUUCUGAGUUCUCCCCGGCAGCUGGGUGCCGGAGCAUUCUGAUUGGUCAGAAUGUUGAUUUUCAAUUUUUGAUUGACAGGAGUAAAGAAUUAGAAUAAUUAGUGCUAAUUUUAGAAGUUACUGUUGCCGUAUUUAUAAUAUAAACUAUUGUUAUUUUCGUAAUUGAUACCGAUAUAUCGAGUGAUGGCAUACUUAACCAAAAAAUAACUAAUGUAUUAAUUGAGAAUUAAGCGUUGAAUUCUUUAAUCUUUAUCUGGAAUCGGAAAUCGCUUCGUCUUGAAGAAUGAACAACGAAUAUCAAUCCAACAUUUGUUGCUUGAUAGAUGUGAUACCGUGAUAAAAGUGCAGAUUUGAAGAUACAGGCUCGUAAAUGACACUCUAAGUAGUGUUUUUGAUAGCGAUUGGAACAAGACUAUUACAAAGUUACGUCCGAAGUGGCCGAAGUUAUGUUCGGCGAAAGGUAUGGCUAGUCUAUAUUUUUGUAUAGAAAAUUGCGUAAUUUGAUAAUACAGUACACGAACUCGCUUGACUUUCAAAGCUCAUAAAUCGCUAUAAUGUUGACAUCGACUAAAACUAUCGCUAUGAAUGAGGACAUAUUGUUACACUGAAUCGAACGUGGUAUUUUUGUCUUCAUAGCAUUGAAUGAACCGAAGAUAUGAAACGUCAAAGCCGUAUAUUUGCACUGGUGCAAAUAUGUGAGUUUGACAAAUAAUUAAAAUAAAUACAUUAAGAUGGGCGGGACCAUGCGGUGAGCGGAACUCAGAAUGUGUAGUUUUUGGGCAGGCGGUAUUUCUAGCUUCUAUCGCCUGCUACGCAGGCUAGUAAUGGCCAACUGAGUGUGCAAAAAGUAACAAUUGUAUUUGAAGUCAAAUGCUCAACAAAAACAACUUUACUUUUUCAGAAUAAGCCUACUAAAACCAAAAUUUAGGUUUAUUAGUAAACUAUCAUAAUAACUUCAUACAUCUUUAACAAUUUCAGGACUGCCGAAAGUAGGGAUGCAGGCAAAAGCCCAGCUCAAAAGGGGCCUUCAAAGCACAAAAAGUUGUGUCAGUGCCAGAUAAUAUACAGUAAAGUGUAAUAUAUUGUAAAACACCUUCUCCCAUUUAAUAAUUAUGAUGUCAUAGGGACCCCUGGGAAAACUUAAUGAUGUCAUAUGCUUUCCCUGGAAAAGUUUUACUCUGGGCCCUGCACAACCUCCCAGUGGUGCCAUAAUGAAUUGCAAGUUCUAAAAAACCUUUAUUGAUUUCAAUAAUGUGUUAUUCUACACAUCAACCUAACAAGCAAUACAAGCAUGAAAGUAUAAAUGAUAUUAAAUUUAUUCAAGCAGGACAUUGUUAUUAGUCAGGCCAGGUGUGAUUCUUGAUUCUUUAACCUAACUACUUUUUAUCACAUAACUAAUGAGCGAUGCCACUAGCACUUUUCCAACAAUACCAUUCCUUUCUUGAGUAUUUCAUUAUAUUAGACUCUUCAUUAUAAUGCAACAUGCCAAGCUGUUUACUGUUCCAGAAUACAGAACUGUAUAAUUUUGACUUGAAACUGAUUUCCAUUGUUUCCAGAUGUACUGGCAUUAAUUGGCAUAAUAAAAAGAUCGUAUGCACAGCCCCAGGUGUAUACGUAUCUGAAAGAAAUGUAAUACUAAAGUUAUAAAAUAGUCAACCAUUUAAUAAACACACACAGGUAUACUGCUACAUGCUUUUGCUCAAUUGCUACAGCAGUACCCUUCUUCAUUGAGAAAAAUAUCUUCAUUUCAUAAUUGUAUGAAGAAUAAUAUUUGGUUUUAAAUUCCCUAGGUAUAUAGAUUCAUAAUAAUGCAUGUAUAAUAGUAGGUAAUAAUUUAUAUUGGGUAUGAUCAGCUCACAGGAUGCUAUAGAGUUUCUGAAAAUCUGUUGCAUUUUUAGGGGGUACACAAUUAUCUUUUGUGGUAUUCUAACUAGACUACAAUUUGGAUGGAAAUUCAGAGCCCAAGGUUAAAAAUUAACCUUGAAACAAAAUAAUGACAUGAUUCACAUGAACAAUAUAAAUUGUAACAAACGUUCUUGCUCAUGAAUAGCCUAUUUAAUAAAGCUGAGAGUUAUUAAAUUACUUUUAUAUAACAAAUAAUUAAACGUACUUGUUAUAUAGCUAGCGUGAACACCAAACGUGAUUGGCUGAUUUGUGGUCACGUGACUUCAGAUAAAUGCAAUGUUUCCCGCCGGGCAAAGUGAAAAAUUGUUGCCCGCCCCGACUGGCCACGUACAUAAAUAAACAAAAUGGAGGCACAACUCAGAUAAUUAGAAACUACGAUUUUCCAAGUUUGUGUUCAAAUAAAGAAUAUAAAAGAGAAGAAAAAUACACAACAGGCAACAAGAUAUGCUGCUGAAACCGUUUAAGUAGGUUCUUUUAAUUUUAACUCGUUUACACUAUAGAGUUUUUGUCACGAAAUACAAUUGUUGUAUGAAUGUUGUUGAAGUUGAUUUUUGUUCGUCGCUAUAUAACAAAACACUUAAUGCCUGUUCCCUCGGGAAAUAGUUAGUUUUGUUUUCCCUCGAAUCUUAAAGGUGCCCUACAGUCUGUAUGUAAAUAAAGCCUUUGUUUACAUUUUUGUGUCCAAAAUAUUGAGCUUUAUUCGACAACUAUUUAUAUUUUCAAGCUUCUAGAGUAUAAUAAAUUAUCAAGAAACAACAAUCAGGCUUUGCAAGAACCCAAAACAUAGUUAAACUGUUUGUAUCAUGAAAAGUGGGCUCCUUUGUGCACAUGCGCAGAUCGGACUGUAGGGCACCUUUAAAGUUUUCCCCGACUUCGUCUCGGGAAACAUUGAGAUUCUCGGGAAAACAAAACUAAGUAUUCCCCUCGGGAGCAGACAUUAAGUGUAUAUUAUACCUUAAGAAGAAAUCAGAACAUUUUGAAGGAAAUAGAAGCCAUUUGAGACAAAAUAUUUGAUCACUCGUGCACUCAGUAUCCUUGUUGUUCACACUAACUGCGCCGAACAUAUUUUAAUGCUUUUGACGGGAAAAAGUGCGAUUUUAUUGAUAUUUUCAGCAAAAAGUUAGCUCUCCACUCCUCUUGAAAAUACUAUGGCGCGCGCGAAUUCCCGGAGAAUGAGUACGAAAUAGUUAAUUGGAAAAUACUGUACUUUUACCGUAUUUUCUAAUUAACUCAACUCGUGUGGCCAGAGCCACUCAACGAUGGCUCUGGGUACGAGAUUGUGUCUGAGCUAGGAACGAAAAUAUGGGCGCUUUCCAUUAACAAGCCAGACUGGUCAGAACGGUCAAACUGUUGAAUUGAACACAAAACAUUUGGGCUUCGGACCUAUCUGACCGAAAAAUUUAGAUAACAUUAGAAUGAGGUCCAUUUUCCCUAGAUAUUUGAGAAACAUAGAGAAGAAUUCAGAGAAAGAGAUUAAGAAUCAGAGAAGAAUUAACAGAGAAAAGAAUUCGGGCCUGACCGGUCAGGCUAUUAAAUCGAAAGCGCCCUAUGAAUCAGAUCAGUUCUCUUUUCGAAUGUUUAUUGAGUAUACUUUUAAGGCGUGAAUUAAAGAACCGUUCAAGCGUUUAGCGUGUUAAUAGACGUAGUCAGUCAUGAUCUAGAUUUAUCGACUUUUGUCAGGGGCCAGUUGAACGAAGGCUGCAUUAACGCCAUUCACUGAAUUGUGAAUGGCGAUCUUUUUCAAUAUUUCUAAAAAAUGCUUGAAUAGUUUGGUAGCCAUGGGUAUGGACCUACAAUUACUAAAAUUGCUUUAAUUUGUAAAUACUAAAGUUUAAUCUACAUGGUGUCUAAAAAAAGCCGGGGACUUUAGAAAUUUACCUUAUAAUUGUUACAGUGAAUUUUGCCGAGUUAACAGAGGCAAUUUUGCCUAGUCACCACAGCCACUAAUCAAUAUUUCUUUUCCCAAAAUUGUUGGCGAGCGUGGUGGUGGUGGUGGUGGUGGUGGUGGAGUUAUUUUGUGUUUAACUACAGUUAAUGUUCCAAUUUUCCCUAAUGUUUUCGUAAAUUUCUCCACAUUUCUUAAUCGCCGACUGGGUAGUACCAAAAUGUGAAAUUGCUGUGCUGAGUGGUUAUAUUACUACCUGAAAUAAACAAGCAGAAACUCGACGCUUCGAGCGAAGGCCCUUCGUCAAGAGUUAGUAGCAGGGAUCGGAAAAAUGCACCGGCUUUUAUACUAAGAGUAUGAAAGCAUCACGUGACAAAAAAUAAACCAAUUAGAUGGAUUUAAUCAUAACAAAGUGUAAACAAAAUAUGUAAAUCGCAUUACAGAAUAUAAUACAAUACAAAAAAUAUAAAAAUAUACAGGAAGCUAUGAAGACCUGUACGUAAAGACAAUUACUACAAAAAGUAAUCAAAACAAAACAAAACACGUGGGAAUAAGGUAAGUAAUAAAUAGAUAAAUGCUGUCAAUGUCUGCUAUAGACAGGCAAGGACAGAUGGAAUUAAUAAACAUAGGAAAAGCGUUCAUUAAUACCAGAGGGGUGAACAGUGCCAAGUUUGGAUAUGAGGCGCAUUUCAUGUCGUUUGCGGCUAUCGUACGUUUCUUCCAGAAAUGGGACAGAGGGCUUGAAUUACCAUAUCUGAAACACUGUGACUGCCAUUAUUAAAAUGUCUGGCAACAGGUUGGUUAGCAUUGCCAAUAACUGUACGCCAAUGCUCACCAAACCUUUAAUUGUCCUUAAUUAAACAUCUUCCAGUUUCCCAAUGUAAAGCAUGCCACAUCUGAUGCAAGAGAUGCAGUAGAUGAGAUGGGAGGAGGCGCACAUGAAAUAGUCAUGCUUGAUGUGAUAUUCAGAUUUAGGUGCCGAAACAAUAGUGGUAGAAUCUUCAAAAUCACAGGUUUUACAAUUCGACGACAGGCAAGGGAAAGUGCCUUUCUGUGAGGCAGGAGCCUGUGCUAGGUAGCUAUGGACUAGGGUUUCACGGAUAUUUUUGCUGUGUUGAAAAGAAAAUCGGAGAAAAUGGAAGAAUUGUUUCAGGGUCGUUUUUCAAAAUAUGGAAAUUCUUGUUGAUGACAUCUCUGACUUUGAAAUUGAAAGGAUGAUAAUUUAAUACUAGGUGUUGCGCUUUGCAUAUGCAUGCUGUAUUAAUCUAAAUGUCUUUACAUUCAGGUACUAUGAAUAUAUGAUUACAUGUUUACGUGUUAGCAAUACGUUACUGAAUAAUUAACAAUUAUAAUUACACAUUAAGUUAUUACAUCUCCUCCCCUAUCAGUUAAUAAGUUCUAACUCUAAAGUGUCCGUUUAUUUUUUUAUAAUGUUUUUAACUUAUCUAACAAUAUCUUGUUGUUCGCAUAGUGUUUCUGAUAUAGCACUUAAUAUUAAAUCUCUAUUUUAUUCAACUAAUUAAUUACUUAUCUAUAAUCCUUUAAAUGUGUCUCGAAUUUGAUGUCUUCGUCCUUCUAGAUCUUCGCAGUUCUCGUGGCUCUUCCUGUCUGAUGGUUUCUGGUUGGCUAUGAGUUUCUAAUUCAACAUUCAAGGGUUCUGGAUGGGUUGUAGUUGCGGUUAUUUCGGUUGCUGGUGGAAUUUGGGUUGCUGGUCUUCGUUGCUGUUCUUCUGGGUGAUGCUUAUUCAUUCUUAGCAGCUUGAAUCGUGAUCUAUCUCUACAUUUCGUCUUCUCAUCCUUCAUCCUUCUCGCUGUUACCAUCGAGCCUUUGAUUUUGGUUAUAACAUAAGUGUACGGUUCGUAUGGAGUUUCUCCUUUAUUCUUCUUUUCUCGUUUAACGAUCACUGCGUCUCCGGUCUUCAAUUCGUAUUCCUUCGAUCGAUGCCGUUUAUCAUGAUUUCUCUUUGCUUCCUCUUUGUAUUGCUGAUCGUUACGUCUCACGGCGUCAUCCUUUGGUGAUGUUUCCGUGGGAAAAUGGUCCAAUUUCGUUCUAACUUGUCGGUUCAUUAACAGCUCGUAUGGUGUGGUUUUGGUUGCGGUGUGUGGUGUGCUUCGGUAGGCUGGAAGCAUAUCAUAUGUUGCUUCGUGGAAGUUGGUGUGAUCUUGUUUUGAAAUUGCGGCGACCUUGUUAAUUAAUUUGUUGAAGUUUUCCACCUGCCCUUGUGCUUUUGGAUGGUACGGCGUGACAUCAGCAAGUUGCUUGAAUUCACGUGAAUUAAAUGGUGGUGCAUUGUCCGUUUGAACAACUUUUGGGACUCCGUGCGUUGCGAAUACUUUCUUCAACUUCUCUCUCACCGGUGCAAUUGCUAUCGAGCGGGUGAAUUCGACUUCUGGGUAGCGAGAAAAUUGAUCUGUAAGUACCAUGGCAUAUUCUCCAUUAGGAAACGGUCCGCAAAAGUCAAGUUCAACAACUUCCCAUGGUUGUUGCGGGAUCUUUGUCAUUUUCGCCGGUUCAGUGUGGAACGUAUUUGUUGCUAUCUGACAGCUAAAGCAGGCUUGUACAAUAUUCUCGAUCUGAAUAUUCAUCGAGGGAAACCAAUACUUGUUUCGGAUCAUUUCCUUCGUCUUGCUGCUGCCAAGAUGGCCUUGCUUGUGCCCAACACUGAUUAUUUUCUUCCGCAGCGCGAUGGGAGGAAUGAUCCUCUCACCUCGAAGUACUACUCCGUCUGCUUCAUAUAUCUCCGUUCUCAUAUCGUAAUAUUGUUUCAAGUCCAUGGCUGUGUUUUCCCAAUUACCAGUUCUGAUUACCUGAAUGAGUGCUUGUAACUCGUUGACGUUGGUAGUUUCUUCACGUAUCUUAUCUAAUACAACGGCGUGUUCGGUUGCGAUCACAGCUCUUACAUGGUGUUCUAAAUGUGUCUCUUCGAUAUCUGGUAGUGGGUGAUGGGAUAGGUAGUCGGUCAUGUUCGAUUUCCCUGGUAUGUGUAUCAUAACAAAUUCUAAAUGCUGUGUCUUCAUCCUUAACCGUUCCAGUCUUGGUGGUAGUUUCGUAUUUGGGCUAUUGAAGAUUGGUAAUAACGGUUUAUGAUCCGUCGCUAUCUGGAAUUGUUGUGACCCUGCAAGGUACAUUUGCAGUCGGCUUGUUGAGAAUUCUACCGCAAGGGCUUCUCGUUCAAUUCGGGCAUACUUUUGUUCAGUCUCUGUCAGUGUUCUACUCACAUAUUUAUUAUCAGUGUUCUACUCACAUAGUUAUUUAAGCCCCGUUUACACUACGCUCAAUUUUUGGUACGGCACGGAUAAAAUUGGUACCCGUACCACUUUUUUGGUUCUUGGACUACCUAUUUAGCUAAGCCCCGUUUACACUACACACAAUUUUUGGUACCCUACCAUUUUUUGGUUCUUGGACUACCUAAAUAGGUAGUCCAAGAACCAAAAAAGUGGUGCGGGUACCGAUUUUAUCCGUGCCGUACCAAAAAUUGAGCGUAGUGUAAACGGGGCUUUAUUAUCCAUAUGAAUGACCUUCCAUUACAUCUGAAUGACACCCAAAUAGAUAUGUUUGCAGAUGAUUCUACUCAGUAUGUAUCUGGUUGUUCAGUCCAGAGUGUACAAGAACAACUCAGUACCGAAAUGCUACCAAUUAUACAAUGGACCGAAACGAAUAAAAUGGUUCUCAACGAACAGAAAACUAAGGCAAUGUUUAUAGCAUCAACCAGGAAAGUGUCUGAGAUCCCACAGGAUUUAAACAUCGCUAUAAAUGAUUUCCAAAUUGAAACUGUGCUUGAUGGAAGAUUACUUGGUAUUCAGUUUGAUCAAACUUUGAGCUGGUCUGUGCAUAUCGAUCUGUUGUGUAAAAAGAUAUCUCAAAGAUUAGGUAUAUUACGACGAAUACGUCACCAUCUGCCACUAAACGCUCGUAAAGCCUUCUACCGAUGUUUAAUUCUCUCCUUGAUGGAUUACUGUUGUGUGAUUUGGGGGAAUACAUCUACCCAAAACUUGCACAGACUUCAUCGGCUUCAAAAGAGAGCUGCCAGACUGAUUUUAGAUCGUGAUCAUAAGGCACCUUCACUGCCUUUAUUUUUGGAACUUGGAUGGCUUCCAGUUCACGAGAGAAUACGAUAUUUUCGUGCCAGUACAGUUUAUAAAGCGUUAAAUAAUCUAUCUCCAAGUUAUAUCACUAGCUUACUUUUACCAUUUAGCAAAGUACAUAAUGUAAGUACUCGCGGCUCCACAAAUAACAACUUGAAGCUUCCAAAAGUAAACACUAAUGCUGGUAAACGUACUUUUGCCUUCUUGGCAGCUAAUGAGUGGAAUCUAUUACCUGAUAGUGUGAGAUGCUCGACAUCAUUUUCCUCAUUUCGUAAAAACUACAUAAAUUUGGCCUUUUCCAAACUCAAGGAUAAUAUCUGACUUGUGUUUAUAACAAUUAACGAUCAUUUUUAACCCUAUGUGUAUAUUUUUAGACUUAGUAACUCUUUAUACUGAUAUUUAUAGUCUUAGUAUUAAUAGACAGUAUAUUACUUAGGGCCUAGAUGAAAAUUACUUCGUGUAACUCUAGUCACCCUGUUUAAAUAAAGUGUUUAUUAUUAUUAUUAUUAUUAUAAUGGACUGGUUGAUACCCAUGGGCUGUCUUUUGGAAUAAUCCGCCUCCGAGACCGACUGGACUUGCAUCGCAGAUAAUAAGGGUCUUCCUUCCGGUGUGGUGUGGUGUGGUAUGGUAUGGUAUGGUACGAGUACAGGUGCUCUUGUCAUUGCAUUCCUCAGAUCAUCGAACGCCAUCUGUUGCUCUUGAUUCCAUUCAAAACGAUGACCUUGUUUCGUUAUCCGCCUAAGUGGUUCUGAUCUGCUGGAGAAAUUUUCGAUGAAUUGGGACAGAUAUGCCAUCAUUUGGAUAAACGAUACCAACUCUUCUUUACUUUUCGGUCUUUCCAUUUCCUGGAUGGCUCUGAUCUUGUUAGGACUUGGUCUCAGCCCUUCGCUGGUGAAGUAAUGACCAUGGAAUUCUAGCGAUGUCCGACCGAAUUCACAUUUCUCCUUUCGAAGCGUUAUGUUGUGGAUUGUGAGUCGUUCGAAUAGUGUUUCCAGGUUCCGAUUGUGUUCUUCCCAAUCUUUACCUCCGACCAUGAUGUCGUCGCGGUUGUUUAAGACAUGAGGUAUGCCCGAGAUUAUCUUUGCGAUCUCCGCAUCAAAAAGAUCUUGGCUGUUCUUGCCACCGAAUGCAAGUCUUUUGUAUCUAUAGUUCCCCCAGGGCGUUGAGAAUGUCAUUAUCUUUCUAGAUUCUUCAUCGAGCGCGAAUUGAUGGUAUCCGUGGUUCAGGUCGAUUUUACUGAAGACUGUGCAGUCCUUAAAUUCGUUUACAAAGUCUUCGGUGAUGGGUGAUUGUACGUGCCUUGUGCGUGCCAUAGACUGAUUUAGAAUUCGGAGAUCGAGACUCACUCGGAUGUCCUUAGGAUCUUCGCUUUCGGUUGUACCACGAGAGGUGAACACCACCCGAUUGCUUCUUGUUCGGGGACCUUCUCUAUGAUGUCACUUUCGAUGAAUUCGUUAAUGCGCUGCUCCAGAGGCUCUAGUAAGUGAUACGGCACCCGUCUUGGUUUCUGAGCUAUCGGUGUCGCAUCCUCGUUCAUGGGUAAAUGGAUUUCGAUAACUUCUCCGUCUCUUUCCGCCUUUCCUACUCCGUGGAAUCUUCCUUCAUACUUUCCGAGGAUUUCUUCAAGUUUUGGGUAGGUUGCGUCUGUUUUCUUUACUCUGUGUGUAUCUUUUUUCCUGGAGUUUUCUAAGUUUCCAGUCUGGUCGAUGAGAACCAUGCCUAAAUUGGAUAAGAUGGGUCUUCCGAUCAGUGGCAAAGAAUCCAUUUUUCCCCUAAUAACGAUAAUGCGUGUUCGUGGCUGCCUCGUUUGGUUUCUGAUGGUCACAGAGCAUUCUACUGGUACCGGGAUGUCUUGAAGAAGUGCUCGCAGCUUUGUUCUGGAUUUCUUCAGCCGAAUUUCAGAUCUCGCUUUCUGGAGUCGAUCAAAUUGCUUUUCAUCCAUUAUAUUUGCAUCCGAUCCCGUGUCCGGUUCAAUUUCUGUUGCCACAUCAUUGAUCAUUACUGUACACGAUUUAGAAAUUUUCUUGGCAUUCAAUCGAGUUGUUUGUCUGAUUCGAAGGUGUUGGAUGAAGUCUUCGUCGUUCGAGCUGUCACUAGAACUGAUACUCGAGCUCUCCUCCCCCGUCCUCUCGACGUGUCGAAUAUUUGGUUUUCUGUGUUCUGGUUUAUAGUUCCUUUGGUCGUCUGGCUUCGAGUAUUGGCGGCUUUUUGUUUCUCUUCUCUCUGAUUUAUUGUCGCGACGUUGAUAUUGAGAAUUCUCCCUUCGCUUGUUGUUCCCACCGGGACCUCGUGUUGAACGCGAUCUACAAACAAUGGCGAAGUGGUUUUGUUUACCACACUUUCGACAUUUCGCACCAUAUGCGGGACAUUUUGCUUUGUCGUGCUUACGCCCACACCGUUGGCAGGAAUCUUGUUUAGAAUACUUCACUCUUUGGCUCGUUUCAGAUGCUUCGAGUUUCUGCUUGAUUUCUUUGGCUUGCAGUUGAGCUUGCUCGGUGAUUGCUGCUUCAUCGAGAAUUUCUUGUAGUGUCCAGUUGUUGCGAAUAGCUUUGACACGAAUCGCGUUGUUAUGCAUUGUUUUGAUCAAGUGGUCGCGUAUCGCAUCGUUUUCGUCUGUAUAGCUACAUUUCUUGGCGAUUUCUCUGAUUCGGGCGUAGUAAGUCGCCAUCGGUUCGUCGUCUUGUUUUACCAAGUUUCCGAGUUUAAAACGAGCAUAAUCUUUGUUCUUUCUCGGUAGAAAGUGCUGAUCGAGCUUGUGAAUUAAGCGAGUAUAUUCGUUUUGAUCUCGUUCGAGUGCUGGGUCGGAUAUGGAGUCGUCUAAGUCAGCGAUUUCUUGACCUCCGUAUAUAAUAAAGUCCGUCUUUCUUUAGUUGUGGGUCUUCGAUACCGAAAAAUCUGAAUUGUCGCUCGAUAUUCUGCUUCCAUUUGGCCCAACGAACGGCUGUAUCGUUGCUGUCUCUUGUCAACUGAAAUGGGCCGAUAUUUAAGUGUCGAUUUAUUAUGGUCACGGCUGCAUUUUGUGUUGCUCCUACAGCGCUUGUACUUGACUGUGCUUCAGCGAUUUCUCCGUGGUCCAUAUUCUUGUUUAUUGCACUUUAUUCUCGUUAUUUUUUGGGAUCAAAUACACUGAAAUUUCGAUCCCAUCCUCGUCGCCAAUGUUGUGCUGUGCACAUGCAUGCUUUAUUAAUCUAAAUGUCUUUACACUCAGGUACUAUGAAUAUAUGAUCACAUGUUUACGUGUUAGCAGUACGUUACUGAAUAAUUAACAAUUAUAAUUACACAUUAAGUUAUUACACCUACCUACAGAUACCUUCAACCUCCAAACACCUGGGUAAGCUGCACUCUGGAGUCGAGAGAGCUUUUGGCAUUGUGUCUAAAGAAACUUAAAGGCUUGUCCAAGGUUGGCAUGCGCUGCUUAUUUGAAGUUCUAAUCAGUUGAAUUUUACAGUGAAUAUUUGACAUGAAUAAAUCUUUAUUUUUAGGUUAGGUUAAUUGAUGCUGGGUUUGUUUGGACAGAACCACAUUCAAAAAGAAUUAAAGUUAAAUUAACCAUACAGAAAGAGGUACAUACAAAGCACAAUAAACGUUUGUUGCACUUGUCUUUGUUGAUCUUGAAUGCUGGAUUUGGUGGCUAAUCCAAGUGAGCAUAUACUGUAUAUACUGUAUAUACACAAUUUAAGGCCCAGCAUGGAACGGUUGCGAAAAUGGCAACACUAGGUGAGGUCCUCUAGCAGGAAUCGAUCCUACGGCACUGCAAUUCCUGUUCCUGGUGUUACAUUUUUCGCAAUAUAUAUAUAUACAGUAUAUGAUGUUCGUGAUGUUACUCUGAGUGUGCAUCCACACCCGGCAAGCUGAAAAGUUUGCCUGGCCGCGGUGGGAAUCGAACCCAAACUUUUCAGCUUGUCCGGUGUGGAUCACACUCAGAGUAACACUACAAACAUCAUAUUCACCUGAGUAUAAAUAACACCAGUAACACACACAAAAGUAUGUGUGACAUAAACAGACACCCAGCUCACUUGGAUCAUUCACCAAACUCAGCAUACAAAACAAUGUAUAAAUUACAGUAGACCUGGUCAAACAAGGAUAAGCGUUGAUAAGAGACGAGAAGCGAGAGUUUGCAUGAGAGUUUUCUCAACUCUAAUUCCGCGGUCAAACGAGAACAAGAGUUGCUUGAGAUUUCACUGGAUAUCACUGGUCAGUCAAACGAGCAAACACACAGUUCAAGAACUUAUCACUAGACUAUUAUAUCAACACCCUUCAUCCUAUAUUACAUUAUAUUAUUAUGUGUUAAUGGGCUUUGAAAAUUCUGGAGAUAUUAUUUGAAAACGUCCUCGGAUUUCUUUCCAGUGGUACUGAUAAUACUUGAACAUUAUUUAGAUUAUUGAUUUUGAACAACAAUGUGAUCGCAAGGUUUUCCCAAUUUCCAGAUUUUCUCUUGAAUUUACUAAAAAACGUCUUUGGAAGUCCUGAAAAACUUCCUUGAAUUUCAUCUUCACUAAUAACCAGGUGAUCUCGUGUUCGUAUUUUAGCCAAUCAGCGCUCAGAAAGGGUUGUCCGAAUAGAAAUCCAUUUUGAUGUAUUUAGUCAAUUAUAUCUUUUGUUAUUCUUUAUGAAACUAGUUAAAAUUCUGUAAUUAUGUUUGGUUAGGAGAACUAUAGCUCUGACAAAAAUAUGGAAACGAAGUAAAGUAUACUACAGGAAAUAUUCAGUUGUUUUAAUCAUAAAAUGGAUUUCUAUUUGACAACUAGUGCCAGUACUUUUCCGCGUAUCAAGAUCACCUGGAAGUGGAAACCCUGGACUAUAGUGAAACCCGCUUACAAUAUUUUCAUUUGUGUACUGUUUAAAGAGAACAAACAAAAGGGUUUACAAUGAAUAGCCAUGCACUAAACACAGAGGUUUAAUUUUUGCACUGUAGGUGAUGAGUGCAACAAUCCUACAACAAGUAUUUGUCGUGGAGUUUGUUGUUCAAGGUCAGAUGUGUGGAGAUUGUCAUCGGAGGGAAGCCAAAGAUUAUUGGAAAGCUCUUGUUCAAAUUCGUCAGAAGGUUAGCUAUGACAAAAAUAUCUUUUCAGUGAUAAUCUUUAUUUAAUCGUGAUACAUUAUGUAGUUAACUAUAAGGGACUGGUCAUAAAGUAACUGCUAGAGUGGGCAGGAGUGAUUUGGGGAUGGGCCAUGGAAAUUUUUUGGGCAGUUUCGAUGGGCCGCCAAUUUUUUUGUAUGUUCACGGUUGGGCCACCAAACAAAGAUCCAUGUUAAUUAUAUAUUAUAUAAAGAUAUUAAUAAUAAAAGUAAACAAAAAUAUCAAAUGGAAAUGAUGCUACAGUAUUGAAGCCAGUACUUUGUUUUAUACAACAACAAGAAUUGAAUACAACCAACUGGAGAGCAGCCCAGUAUCGUAAUUGAUGAUGAAUGUGUUGGUCACGCUUGGUGGAAUUAUAUAUGUCAAUACAGUGCCGGUGUAUGUUUACACUUCACAAUGUUCAUACCUGCAAGUUUUUUUUAUUAUAAAAGUGUAUUUUCCCAAUUUAGAUUGGGUGGGUGGGUCAUGAAAUAAAUUUGGUAAGAUUAGAUGGGCUUUGAAAUUUUUAUGUACAUUCUAAGAUGGGUCACCAAACUUAUGGGCAAAAUUUGUGAUUUACCUCCAGCCCACCCUAUAGCAGUUACUAUAUGACCAGUCCCUAACAAGCUUUAAUUUCGUAGCAACUACCUGAAAUAUACAAGGAGAAUUUCGACGUUUCGAGCGAAGGCUCUUCGUCUGGAGUUAUACACCUGGCUCGAAACAUCGAAAUUCUCCUUAUAUUUUUCAGGUAGUUGCAUCCCUACGAACGAAAGCUUGUUGCCAGUACACUGGCACGGACAGGUUAUAUACAGUAUUUACUUGCAACUAUAUUUUAAUGCUGAAUGGGGUGAAUGCAGGCAUAUUUUUUUCAUCCUGGCAGCAAAGUUGAACAAAAAUGAAAAUUUCCGGUGUAAUUCACAUGUAGAUUUCAGUGAGCGUACAGUGUAUGGUGCCACAUAGUGUGCUUGACUUCAAAUUCGGCACAAAACCAUCUCAACUUGCGAAAUGCUUUUGCAAACAAUAAGUAAAUUAUAUAGCAUUCCGGUAUAUGAGAUGAUGAAUACUCCUGCAAGAUGCAAGAAUGUACCCUCUAAAUGUAUUUCUAUCCACCCUAUCAAUAUUUCCAGUGGGAGGAAACUGUACUAGCCGGAAAAAACCCACAAAACGUUUGGCCAAGAGUGUAAAAAAUAGUUGAGCGCGCGAGCAAAGGCGGAGGAAAUGUUAAAUAGCUGCAGGAACAGGAUUUUUAAGUUGAAGAAUUUGGACGAAACCCUAAGGGACCGGUCAAUAAUUAUGGUACAUGAUGGGGGAUGCCAUGGUCGAAGAGAAAUGUUUUCUUGGUACAAAAUUUGCAGAUCCAACCAUUGAAAAGUCAAAUUUAUCCAUCCUCAAAUGUGAUCAAUUAAAAAAUAAAUUCCCACUCCUGUCCAAAAACGUGUCCUUUACCACAUUGUGACAUGAGUUUGAUAAAAACUUGUUCAAUUUUCUGUUGUCUAAAAUUUCAUGUUGUCUGCACAUGUACUUUCUUUGGAGACACAAGAUAGCGACUCUGGUUGAUUUACAUGUAUUGACAUACUGUAUGACUGUUGACAUUGCUUUUUAGUCUUCUAUAUUUGAGCGAGUCAUACUGUGGAAAUGACAAUAUACUUUUAUUACCUAACCCUUGAGUUGUUUUGUUUUUCAUAUACCCAACCUUUUACUCACUCGACAUUCAAUUUGCUGUACCAACCCUUUUCUUUUCGGUCCUCCCGUCAUAUGACCGCUCCCUAACAGGCACAUAAUUAUCACAAAAAUACUCAUUUGGUCUGAAGAAUUAUCCCCUGGUUGCACUCCCAGAAAGAAAAUAUUUUUCAUCGACCCUGCUUGUGGCAGAUCGUUUACUGGCCCAUUAAACACGAAAGUCUUUUGAAUACUGAGCAAGACUCGAACCCACGAUCAUUGCUGUUGUUUUUAAAUAUAGACGAACCACAAGAAGACAUUCUUUUAUCUGGAGCAGCUCAUCAUAAAACAUCAAGCACACAAUAAUACAUUGAGAAUAAAACAGCAAUCAGGUAGCUAUACUGUAACUUAGUUUCCAAGAAAUAUUAUAUAUUCCAAAGCAUGUAUACAUGUCUAAUAUGGCAUCCUGGUAUUCCUGAAGGCUCUGCAAUAGAGGAAACCGUACAAAAACGGGCGCUAAAAGAUCAAAGAGAACUUUUGUGCUUUUAAAUAUUUUAAUCAUAUGAAUAAGCCUUUUAACCGUCUCUUUGAAUUAUUAUACUAUCUCCAGUACCAGUAGAAAUAAUCAGUACAGUAUACUGUAUACGAAACGCUCUGUACGAAACGAACGCUUACCGCUAAUUGAAACUAGAACAGAAAUAUUUAGGAAUUUUAGUUUUAUAUACCGUGUGCAAUUAGGCCUUUUCUGAGGAUCUGAUUUAUAUCUUUUUUUCAAAUGCAGUAGUAUUUAUAUUUAAUUUUAAAAAUGUAAUUUUAACCUUAUAGCAUAUAUAUCAAAAUAUUAUAUUAGGCCUAUGUCAUGGAGAUGUGAAAACGUGCGACGCAAUAUACGUUUCAUUAUAAUAUUAUUUUUAGAUGGUUUGGAUUUCUUUUUUGCCACCCCACAAGAUGCGAAAAAAUUUGUUUCUUUCCUACAGUCAGUGGUACCAUGCAGGUAUUUCACAGUCUCGUUUGGUUGCCUGGCUUCAUAACCAUCAUCUUAACCACCAUUAUAAAUAUCAACACCACCAUAAUCACUUCCACAACCACCAUUAUCAUUAGUCGUCAUAACUAUUGUCACCAUCAGUGCCACUCCUAAUAUUAACAAUUAUAAACCAGCAUAGCAACCAUUAUCAUCACCACACCAGCACUGAACCAGUAUCAUCAUCAAGAGUCAAGCCACCAGCAUCGCUACCAAUAUCACUACCACCAUCACUGUAAUCACCACCAUCAUCAACAUCACCAUAGUUAACAUAAUCGUUAUUUUACCAUCAUCAUUAUCGUCAGCAGCAUCAACACAGUGCAUGGUGUCGUGCUGACCAACCUUGCCUUCCAAACUGGGAGACACGGGUUCAAUUCUUGGUCGGAACUCUACUCAAGGUCUUAAAAUAAUUGAGAAGAAAGAGCUACCUUUACAUUGACAUCAGUAAAUGGUUAGACUUUCGCGUCCUCUCGGAUAAGGACGAUAAAUCGUAGGUACAUUGGACCCCUUAUCAAUCGGGAAGAUGCCUGUUGGGAAAUCCUCUCACCAAUCUGUGAGAAACUCAAUAAACAACGUAGCCUGAAAACAGACCUACGUUUCGCCCGCCCUAAAACUCGCGGGUCGACGGAAAGGGCGAAACGUAAGUCUGAUGAAAAUGUUGUCAAAAUCGCCUUUUGCCCGGUUUGCAUUGUGCAAUAAUUAACGAUGAUGAUUGACACAUUUACAUCUAACACCUAAAAAUACAAUGAAAGUUGUCGGCUGUCGAUUCACUUUAUUGAAAGUUUGUAAACAAAGUAUAUAAGAGUCGAUAACCCCAUGCAGUAUGUUGCUUUUAUGUAUUCUUAACCAUUGUUUAAAGCAAACAGUUACAGCUAGUAUAUUUAGUAAUAAUAUGACAUUUUCAACACAUUCUAUAAAAUGCAAUAAAAUUUGCCUACUCAAAUUUGGCAAUGGCCAUGUCCCAUUGUUGAAUUGCCUGAUACAAACUCUUACAAUUUAUACAUUUUGAAACCGCCAUGCACUGCUAAAAUCUAAAUAAAAUAUUUCGUACGUGCUAUGUUAUCGAAAUGUAAAUCAUAAACGCAUCAGUUUUAUUAUGAUUAUCACCAAACGUAGAUCGUGUAAAAAUUAUUGUAUUGUAUAUUACAACGGAAAGACACAAGGUGAAGUAUUUGACACGUACUGCUCUACUCCCCUCCAGUUUUAAUUUUAGACAGUAGAUACUGAUAGACUAUAGUUGUCGUUCGACAUCACAAAAAAUUUAGAAUAUCACACUGCAUGCAUGCAUAUUAUAAUGCGUUCAUUUACCGUUGAAAUAUAUUCUGAUCUUUUCAAAUCUUUUCAUGUUAGCGAACAACCAAUCACAACCCAUUUCCCUGUGAAUUAGCCAGUCAGCUGUAUUCCGACCACCAGGUGGUCGGAUUCCACAGCGUUUUGAAAACAUUUUCAUCAGACAUACGUUUCGCCCUUCGUCGACCCGCGAAUUUUAGGGCGGGCGAAACGUAGGUCUGUUUUCAGGCUAUAAACAACGUCGUCAUCGUGACCAUCACUACCAUCACCGUCACCAUCGUAAUUGCUGUCGUUGCCAUUACCAUCAUUACCAUCAUCAUCACCAUCAUCAACAACACUAUGGUCCAAUCUACUCGGCUUGAAUAAUUUUCUCAUUAAAUAUUAUUUUGUAUACUUUCAGGAGCAAGUUAUCGCAAAGGCUAAUAUCUCAUGAUGUGCACACCAGCAGCUACAAUUAUUCCAAUACACAUUCAGUUGAACUUAUUCCAGUUUGUAAGGUAACGCAUAUUAAUCCACGCAAAGGGCUAGAUGUUUAUGAUCCUGCCACAUUUCUGGAUAACUCGCAUGCUUGGAUACCACUGUUAUAACUAUAUGACACUCGCAGAGUACAUACCUCCGUCAGCGAAUUAAGUUAUGUAUCAUGCAUAAAUUAUACAGUGGGUAAUGGUGAUUUCAGCUACAGACUAAAUUUUGAUCUAAGCAAGAAGAACAAAAUCCAUCACCACAGCUAGAAAGAGCAUGUUAAAAUUAGUAAAAUUGCAACGUUUGGCCGCGAAAUGUUGUAAAAUGCGGAAAAUAUAGCCCUGCGAAAUUUGCAAAUUUUGUAUCAAUUUGUAUUACGCGCGGGAAAAUGCACCACAUUUGGGCCGAAAGUGGCGACGACGGCCAAAACAAACUCCUUCAACUAAAUGGUAGUAAAGAUAAAUUUCGUCGUAUAUUAUCAAUCGUACGAUCUUAGAAUUUGAAGACAUGGGUUUUACGGUUGGGAAGAGUUAUACUGAACCCAGUUUAAAGUUGCACUUAUUGCAGGCUUGAAAUGCAGCCGUUGUAUGAAGACAUGAAAAUCCGUGAUUUGGCGUUGUAAACAGAGCGAGGACAAUGUCUAAAUUAUUCAUAUAUUGUGAUUAUUCAAUUAUUUUUAUUGUAUUGGUAGCCGUUGCCGUCGCGUUGCCGUCCUAAAUCGUAAGGUCUCUAAUAGCCACGUAAAAACGAGGCCAUUGACAUUGGGGCGAGAGGGCGAUAUAGAGCGCAGUCAUUGACACACGCCAGCCUGAAUAGGUAUGUGUUUCAGAUUCUAACCCACUUAAAUCCUGAUGUUUCUAUCAUAUUAUUUAAUCAUACUGUAGGAUGACGUCGUUUGCCUUCCGCUAAAACUUGCCCGGUCGUUAGGAAGUAUAGGGUGA